CGGAGAGUCUGGAGAUACUGGGGACCGCCGCUCAGUGCCAGGAGAGAGCGAGCGCGAGCCGGGCAUCGAGAUACAGCGACCGGGAGACACCUGUCCAGGUAGGCACCGCUCCCCGCGCUCACACAGGAGGGAGGGCGCUGCCAGGGUCACUGAGCUACAAUAAGAGAUGCCCGGAUUAACCCCUGCACUGCCAGCAUCCCUCCUACUACAUCACCGCUCUAUUUACUAAACUGCGAAUUGUGAGCGUAUACAAUAUCCACCUGCAGAAUGUGUGCUUAUUGAUAUUAAUUAAUAUAACUUCCCAUUAAUCCGAGCUGGGCUAGUGUUCAUACUUACACUGUCAUAUUAAAAUAAAAUAAGCUGUCACUGUAACUAUAAUAGGAUAAUGUCUGUCUGAUAUCAGCAUAGUGCUGCCCCCAUCCUCCCCCUCCUUUAUUUUUGUUUUUUUGUCAUUUGGAUUUUAAUUCAGUAGAAUUCGGUGUUUAGUGAAUACGCCUUUUAUCAUUCUUCCUUGCACGAGCAUGGUGGGGGAAUCUAAGGCAUAAUCCAAUGGGGUGGACACAGGAUAGAUUAUCUGCUGUUGGAGAACUACAACUCCCAUGAUGGUUUGCCAGCCAUAAGGGUGAUUAAAAAGAAUCUUGGGAGUUGUGGUUCUACAACUGCUGGAGGGGUCUGUCCUAAUGUAACCAUGGGUAAUUGAUAGGUUUCUGUGUGAAGUAAAUAUGGAGACUGCUCUCAUCCUUCUGUAUAUCAAGUGGUUAAAUUGCUGCAAAAACUACAAAUUCUCUGCACAGGUUGAUUAGUGGGGAUCUAGUAAGGGGCAGCAUGAAUAGACAGAGGGAGCCAUUGAGUUAGGAAAAUGCAAUGCUGAUCGCAGAGUAAUUGAGGUGUGUGCUUGUAAUGAGGUUGUGUACAGGGUGAGAGACAGUUGUUGUGACAAUACUGCUCUUUUAUUUGUGAAUUCUUAAAAAGGCUGCAUCAGGGAGCCAAUGAUUUACACCCUUUGAGAAACAAGGACAUGUCUUCGUCUUGGAUUUUAUUUAUUUAGCAUUAAGGAGUUAAUUUCAUACUGGCCUGCAGUAAACAUGCUUAAUAAACAUCCCUAGAAUAAAUCAAGUACUAUGGGGAAAAGGUAUCAAGGUCACAACAUUGUCAUUUAAAGGGCAAAGUGCAGAGAAAGGAAGGGAAAAAAACAACAAUAAUAUUGUAUUGGUUCCCAUGGCGAUUUCUGCUUAUUUAGUAAUAUGCCCCAGAAUUGCUCCUGCUUUUAUAGAUCUCCAUUUAUAUGACUUGGAGCAUGACCGACACAGACAAAUGAUAAAUGGAGAUGAUCUGUUGCUAUAUCGUUAUUAUUUUAUAUGUUGCAGCUAUGGUUAGAGUUUUACCCAUUGUCAUCAUCUGCUCUCAGUUCAUUUGUAUUAUGCAAGUUCAGUUUUUCAUCCUUUUGUCUUGUGAAAUAGAAAAUGGCUUUUGUGUAUGGUUUAGUUUACAAAUUAAGAGUGGGCGUGUAUAUUUAAAUACUCUUAUGAGUGGCUACAUGCUAUAGGGCAGGGGUGUCCAAAUGGUAGAUCCCUAGAUGUUGUAGAACUACAACUCCCAUGAUGCUUUACGUGCCUUUAAAACGCCUCUGGAAUUACAAAGCAUCACAGUAGCUGUAGUUUUCAAAUAUAUGGGGAUUUACCUUUUGGGCAUCCCUAAUAUAGGUAUAAAUAAUUUGUGGACAGAAAUUGUAGGACUGAGUACAGAGCACAGGUGGACAAACCCCAGCUAUUGUACAACUACUAUUCCCAUGAUGCUGGGAUGCACUACGGAAAUUGUAUUUCCUGUACAGCUGGAUGUCUUUGUUUUCUCCGUGUAAUAAUAAUUUAAGUAGGCACAGAGUGCCCUGUCUAGAUGUGUAUUUAAACAUGCCUUUUAUAUGGAGAUGGAUUGUCUAGCAAACCCUAGAAACAGUGGAUCUUUUUUCCCCCAAGUAAUUUACUAGCACAGUGUCCAGACCCCUGCUAGUAAUUGAGGUGUUAAUAGGACCUCUGCCGUGACGUGCGAUGUAGGAGCAGUCUGUUCUUGAUGUGCGACUGAGAGUGACUCAUAUUUUAAUCAUUAUGACCAUGGUCUGUUUAACCCCCUUCAAUGCCAGAGAGCCACUCUAUCUAUUGCAAGUAACUGAGUGUGCUACAGCUAAAUUGUAAUCCGGUUUAAAGGUUUAGUAACCUGAGGCCUCUAAGUGCAUAUGGUUUUCUUUCCUUCUGCAAUGAUAUACUGUAUUUAUAUUGUAUAGUUGUAAGAUAUUUUGGAUCAACGGCAAAAACAGAUGGGAGAUCUUGAUGGACGCAUGUCUCUUUUCAGCCGAUUUAACUAUAUCUAUGUUAGGACUAUUGUGAUAACAAUAUAUUUGCCUGCUCUGAUCCUCACUGGGUUAUUAUUCCAAUUAUGCACUUGAGCCUGUUCUUAAAGGGACACUAUAGUCACCUGAACAAUUUCAGUUUAAUGAGGUUGUUCAGGUGAGAACUAUAGCUCCCUGCAGGCUUUCUCAUGUAAACCCUGUAUUUUCUGAAAAAAUACAGUGUUUACAUUGAAAGCUAGGAACACCUCCAGUUGCAGUCACUCAGAGUGAACCAUAAUAUGCCUCCAUCCACUCAGAUCUGCUGUCAGCAGAGCACAAGGCAGCACUGUGCACAGCAUCCUGUGAUUCAGUAUCUCCUCCCUCUGCAUGCAUACAUUGAACUUUCCUCAUAGAGAUUCAUUGAUUCAAUUCAUUUCUAUGAGGAGAUGCUGAUUGGCCAGGGCUCUGCCCCUGAUCUGCCUCUUUGUCAGUCUCAGCCAAUCCUAUGGGUAAGCACUAUGAUUGGAUCAGGCUACCACAUGUCAGCAGACUGCUUGUUUUUCUGAGUCUAACAGCAUGCAGAUUUACAGCUUCUGGCUUGAAUACAGUAAGAUUUUUUACUAUAUUUAUGGAGGCAUGAGGGGCCCAGGGGGGCUAGAUGGUGGUGUUAACACUAUAGGGUCAGGAAUACAUGUUUGUGUUCCUGACCCUAUAGUGAUCCUUUAAACUGAAGACUACUGGCUUUACCAUUGUAUGAAAAGUGCCGACUGUUGCACACAUUAGGCAAUGUUGCAUUUUAUAAGAACAAUCUUUUUUAAACAAUACUGUAGUCAUCAGAACCACAACAACCCAAUGUAGUGGUUCUGGUGUCUAUAGCCUGUCCCUGUUGUCUUAGCACUGUAAACACUACCUUUUCAGAGGUAAAAAAAGUCACUCAGGCGGCUACUAGAGGUGCUUUCUAUCUCAGACACUGAACUCUAUCUAUAGAAAUGCAUAGAUUCAGUGUAUCUCUAGGAGUAGAGGUUUAUUUGCUGCGCAUGCGCAAUAGCCACCCAAUACUUUCAAAUGGAAAUGCAUUGGAUUGGCUGAGGUCAUCAAGAUUGAUGAUCUCAGUCACUGGGGCAGAGCCAGCUGCAGAGGAGAAAAGGUAAGUUAAAUAACCUUUUCACUCCACGGAAAAAAUGUAUGCGAAUCUAAAUAGCCACUCUAGCACUAUAGUGUCAGGAAUACAUGCUUGUUGGUCAUAGGAAACCGGUAGCCAUAAAUUGGAGCCAACCUAAUUAUUUUGUGGAGUCAUGAUUUGUGUAGUUGUAUAGUUUUCUUUAAACUUUCUAUACAAGCUAGAUUGAAAUAUAGGUUUAUUAAAUUUAACCUGUCACUCCAGGUUCUCGAUUAGCUGUAACAAGUCCUUAGGCAGUAAAUGUAUAACAUUAUAUAUAAUGUAACAUAAGGAUAAAUUAAAUAUUUGCUUUGCAGGCUGUUCUUUCAUUACUUACUUUCUACACCUCCAGUUCAGCACUCUCAUUCCCAGAGGAUCCGUGGGUACUAAACUGUUGAAACACCCACUGACUUAUAAAGCAGGCAAGCUGAUUUCACCAUAUUCCUGCAAGCAUGAGAAACGUUUAUUGGUGGGAGUAGAACACUGAUGGAGAGUAAGAGAAAUACCUGGUAGGAGGGUACUUUUGGUCUACAGAGUCUGAUCUUCUGUGUUGCCAGCAUACAGAGCUAAUGUUGAAGAUUAAUUGACAGGUUGGGGUAGGGAGCACAUUUUUAAAGUGCAAUACCUGAAAGCAUGUUAAAUACUAGAAAAAUGUAUAGAUGUUAAUUCAAGUCUAGAUCGUGCUGGGUGUACAGGUAUAUUUUGAAGUGAUGACUUUUGCCCAAUCUACUGCUUCUCGUAAACAGCAUUGGUGGCGUCUAAGCGGUUAUGGUGCCCGGAGACCCCUGGUUUGUGCUUGCCUUCAAGUGUUAAACUGUCUUAAACCGGUGUAACACGGAAGGAGUGUCUAUUGGUUUCAGUCUCCUGGCUCUCCUCCUCUGCAUGGGCUGAUGGAGACGCUUUCAGUCUAUCACUGACCACCUGUUGUGAGUAAACAUGUGAUGGUUUUUACUCUUUAUUCGUAAUGGGCAGCCAGUUAUAGUCUGAGAGCGUUAACUGACACGCUCAGCCUCUGAUUGGCCCCCAAGCCAAUGCUUCCCUGUUGGCACAGUGUCCGAGAGGAGAGAAGUGGCUUUGUGAAUGCUACAAGACAUGUUUGAAUUACAGGAACCAAAGUUAGUAUUUGCUGUAAGUUGGUGCUUUCGAAAUAAAAACGUUUACUGCUCUAUUUGCUGAUGCUAAAAUUGGUCUGUUUACUCAUAUGGCGGGGUGAUUGAAUUUUCAUGAGUCACACUGAAAGCUUUUGGAUGUUCACUUAAUUUUUUAUGUGGCUUUUACAUUAAAUUUUCGAUCAGUAUUUCUUAGAAUGUAAUAACUGAAGAAAUAUCAUAAGGUGCAAGAUUCUGGUAUUCACAAUGUGAAUGUUAGAGGGAGUAAGACAAAGUGAAUAAAUUAGCUCUAAAAAAUGGAAAAAAGGAAUUCACCAAAUCCUAUAAAAGAUAAAUAAAAUAUACCAUACAAUAAAGUGUGGGUAUCCAGGAGCUAAAAUAAAAUAUGAAGAAUAGAAUUCAGAUAGUAAAUAGUGCAUACAAUCAUCCAAAUUAAUAUGUAACCCUUGAUGGGAUAUCCAUAAUAUACAAUUACAAGUUCAGAGUGAAAUAUAAGUCCAGAAUAAAAUAGGAGUCCAAAAUAAUGUGCAAAUCUUAUGUGAAGUAACUAUAGCAUAAGGAACCCUAACCCUGCUUGUGAAAACAACACCGGGCUGAUAGUGCUUAUGUCUUAUACUAUACUUUUAUAAUUAAAAGGUAUAAAAGAUGAUUCAGAUAAUUGCUCAAAAUAGAAUUGCAGUGGUGCCACAGUGUAGGAUAAAACAAGUCACUUGAUUAAUGAAAAAUUGAUUAAUUUAUUGAUUAAAAAAUAUGUUCCAAGUAAGAAAUAGCGAUAAAUCAGAGGAUAGCAGAUAGUCCAGUAUAUAAGGAGUAAAAUAAGCAAGUAAACCUGCAGUCCAGACCCUGAUGGAUGAGGAUUGUGUGAGUGAAUCCUUCCUCUGUAUCCUGGCAGGCGGUGAGGGCGGCGUGCGUGUCACUGUGCUGGACUAUCUGCUAUCCUCUGAUUUUUAUCGCUAUUUCUUACUUGGAACAUAUUUUUUAAUCAAUAAAUUGAUCAAUUUUUCAUUAAUCAAGUGACUUGUUUUAUCCUACACUGUGGCACCACUGCAAGUCUAUUUUGAGCAAUUAGUUCCUUAUACUAAUUUGCUCUGGUAUAGAUCAGAAUCAUCGUUUAUACCUUUUAACAUAGAAUGUGACGGCAGAUCAGAACCAUUCGGCCCAUCUAGUCUGCCCAAUUUUCUAAAUACUUUCAUUAGUCCCUAGCCUUAUGCCUAUCCCACGCAUGCUUAAACUCCUUUACUGUGUUAACCUCUACCACUUCAGCUGGAAGGCUAUUCCAUGCAUCCACUACCCUCUCAGUAAAGUAAUACUUCCUGAUAUUAUUUUUAAACCUUUGUCCCUCUAAUUUAAGACUAUGUCCUCUUGUUGUGGUAGUUUUUCUUCUUUUAAAUAUAGUCUCCUCCUUUACUGUGUUGAUUCCCUUUAUAUAUUUAAAUGUUUCUAUCAUAUCCCCCCUGUCUCGUCUUUCCUCCAAGCUAUACAUGUUAAGAUCCUUUAACCUUUCCUGGUAAGUUUUAUCCCGCAAUCCAUGAACCAGUUUAGUAGCCUUUCUCUGAACCCUCUCUAAGGUAUCAAUAUCCUUCUGAAGAUACGGUCUCCAAUACUGCGUACAAUAAAUACUCCAAGUGAGGUCUCACCAGUGUUCUGUACAAUGGCAUGAGCACUUCCCUCUUUCUGUGAAAAAGAAAGAAAAGGAGGGGGGUGCUAGAAAAGUAAUAUCACAAUAUUAUACUUAUAUCUGUACAUCAGCUAUUCAAUCAGUAGCUUUUUGAUCAAUCUAAAAAAGAUUUCUACUUUCUACUGCUAAUACCUCUCCCUAUACAACCAAGCAUUCUGAUAGCAUUUCCUGCUGCUCUAUUACAUUGUUUGCCUACCUUUAAGUCAUCAGAAAUAAUCACCCCUAAAUCCCUUUCCUCAUAUGUUGAGGUUAGGACUCUAUCAAAUAUUCUGUACUCUGCCCUUGGGUUUUUACGUCCAAGAUGCAUUAUCUUGCACUUAUCCACAUUAAAUGUCAGUUGCCACAAUUCUGACCAUUUUUCUAGUUUACCUAAAUCAUUUGCCAUUUGGCUUAUUCCUCCUGGAACAUCAACCCUAUUACAUGUCUUAGUAUCAUCAGCAAAAACACACACCUUACCAUCAAGACCUUCUGCAAUAUCACUAAUAAAAAUAUUAAAGAGAAUGGGUCCAAGUACAGAUCCCUGAGGUACCCCACUGGUGACAAGUCCAAGUUUCGAAUAUAUUCCAUUAACUACAACCCUCUGUUGCCUGUCACUCAUCCACUGCCUUACCCAUUCAACAAUAUUGGAAUCCAAACUUAAAGAUUGCAAUUUAUUGAUAAGCCUUCUAUGUGCAACAGUGUCAAAAGCCUUACUGAAAUCUAGGUAAGCAAUGUUUUAAUUAUAAAAGUAUAGUAUAAGACAUAAGCACUAUCAGCCCGUUGUUGUUUUCACAAGCAGGGUUAGGGUUUCUUAUGCUAUAGGUACUUCAUAUAAGAUACCCACACUUUAUUGUAUGGUGUAUUUUAUUGAAGAAAUAUCAUGCCCACAAUUGUAGCAAAGCAUGCAAAUAUAUUUUGUCUUAGAUACCCAGUUGGUAUUGAAGGAAAGCUAACUCAGUCCAUUAGCAGUGCAGUUAUAUUUUGGUAGAAUGAUUUCUGUGAUGCAGACAGGUUAUUGGUACAGCCAUUUAACUACCCAAUGAAUUUUGCUGCCAUAAUUUGUUACAUUAGAAAGCUCCAACCUAUAUUCUGGUGAACAAUGGAUGUGUGUCCUGCAUGUAUUCGUUAGGACCUUAAAGGGACACUAUAGUCACCAGUACAACUACAGCUUAAUGCAUUUGUUUUGGUGAGUAGAAUAAUUGCCUUCAGGCUUUUUGCUGUAAACACUGUCUUUUCAGAGAAAAUGCAGUGUUUACAUUACAGCCUAUUGAUAACUUCACUGGCCACUCCUCGGAUGGCUGUUAGAGAUCCUUCCUGGGUCAUGGCUGCCUAAAAUGCAUCCAAACAUUCAGUAUCUACUCCCUCUGAAUGCAGACACUGAACUUUCCUCCAUAGAGAUUAAUUGAUUCAGUUCAUCUCUGUGAGGAGAUGCUGAUUGGCCAGGGCUGUGUUUGACUCAUGCUGGCUCUGCCCCUGAUCUGCCUCUUUGUCAGUCUCAGCCAAUCCUAUGGGGAAGCACUGUGAUUGGAUCAGGCCACCACUUCUGGUGAUGUCAGCAGACUGCUUGUUUAUUUUUUAUUUUUUUAGGCAAACAGCAUGCAGAGUUACAGCUUCUGGCUUGAAAACAAUAAGAUUUUGCUAUAUUUAUGGAAACAUGAGGGGCCCAUAGGGGCUAGAUGGUGGUUUUAACACUAUAGGGUCAGGAGUACAUGUUUGUGUUCCUGACCCUAUAGUGAUCCUUUAAUUACAGUAAUUAAAGGACCACUAUAGGCACCCAGACCACUUCAGCUUAAUGAGGUGGUCUGGAUGCCUGGUCCAGCUAGGUUUAACCCUUUUUUCUAUAAACAUAGUUUCAGAGAAACUGCUAUGUUUAUAAUGGGGUUAAUCCAGCCUCUAGUGGCUGUCUCAUUGACAGCCGCUAGAGGGCUUCUGCACUUCUCACUGUGAUUUUCACAGUGAGAAGACACCAGCGUCCAUAGGAAAGCAUUGAGAAUGCCGCGCAUGCGCAUUCAGCCGAAGAGGAGGAGAGCUCCCCGCCUGGCGCUGGAGAAAGAGGUAAGUUUAACCCCAUCCUCCCCCCCCAGAGUGUUCCUGGUACUAUAUUGGUCCUUUAACUAAUAUGGUUCAUUGACUAGAGGCAAAAUUAAUCUUAAAAAUAGGUUAGGUGAAAGCAGUGUAUAUUUCUUUUUAUAAUAACAGCAAUGUUCUUGUAUUUCUUAGUGAUCACACUCCAGUAUCAUUGACGUAAAUUUAGGAAGUCUAAUUCACUUAUGCCCACUUAUUAUAUUAUAUUAUGUUAUAUUGUUAUUAGAGAUAAAUGAAGAAAAGGAAAUUAGAGCAUAUUGCAGCUGGGCAUGUAUAAGGUUUUACGACGUCUAGAUUGCUUAACAUGUGUUUAUCUCUUAAUUGCUGAAUAUACCAACAGUAAAAUUCUAAAGCACUGCGGAAAAAUUUCACGCUGUUGAGUUAAUAUUAGUGAUAAAUGUAAUUCAGAAGAGCUAAAAAAAAUAAAGAUUUAAACCGAGCGUUAUGACCACUUUACUAUUUUGAAGUGGUCAUGGUGCAAGGUCUCUAUGUACAUAGUGUUUUAGUAGGAAAUGCUGCACAUGCGUAGAUAUUUUAUAAUGCUGCUAGUGUAUCUCCACCUCUGGCAGCCUCCAUUAGACAGCCCAGAACUCUUCUGUUUAUAUCCCAUGCAUGCAGGUUCAUUUAUUAGCUAAGAGCACUUGACCACAACCCUGAGCAAAUGAAUGAACAGGAAGAUCAGCAUCCGGCUUUUGCAGUUCAACCCCCAGCACACGUGACGUUGGCAGCCCAGAACGGAGCAAUGUCAAUUCUGUGCAUAAAUUACGUCUGUAAUUUAGCUUUCACUUCCCUCUCUCUGUGAGCGUAUGUACUCUGAGCCAGAAAAAUGUUCCAAUCAUUGGCUUCUAUAUGAGAAACCUGUGAUUGGACCAUGCGCAGCCCCAGUAACGUCAGGAGAGGGUGCAGAAAAGCAGUGCCGGGAGCUUCGCUCGGCGCUGGAAUUAACGUGAGUCAGACCUUUUUUUUUGUUUUCUUCACAUUCUAAUUGAUAGGGUGAACCUUUCCCCAUAUUUCCAGUAUGGCACAUUACACAGGAAAGGUACCCCUUCUCUUAACAGGGUUUUAGUAACCUCUUAAUGAUUUGUUUGCAUUUUACUAAAUGUAUAAAAAUUGGAGAGAAUAUUUUCCUUUCAUCUUGCAUUUAUUAUAUUCGAGCUGCAAAUAGAAUGAAACCACUCCUAUCCAAGCUAGUUUCGAGGGAACAAGCAGGGUUCGUGCCUGGUAGACAGGUGGGUGACAACACUAGACAUUUUAUCAACCUAGUUGAAUGGGCACACUCAUCAAAUCAGCAAGGCGUCCUCUUGGCACUCGACGCAGAAAAAGCGUUCGACCGCCUAAAUUGGAAAUACAUGAGGAAAACUCUUGAAGUGCAGGGAUUUCCCCGGCCCUUUAUAACUAGUAUCCUAGCCUUAUACAGCUGCCCUUCGGCAAGAGUCCAUAAUACGGGCUUCCUCUCCAAACCCUUCCACAUUCGUAAUGGCACACGCCAGGGAUGCCCAUUGUCCCCACUCAUUUUCAUUCUGUGCCUAGAGCCCCUCAUUUAUCACAUUAAACGUGACCCACUAAUCCCAGGACUAGACACCCCUGUGGGUGAACAAAAACUAGCCCUAUUCGCAGACGACAUUCUAGUAUUCCUGACAGACCCGAUACACUCUAUCCCAGUCCUUCUACAAACGCUGAACAAGUAUGGCUCAGUGUCGUACUACAAAAAUAAUACAGCUAAAACCCAUCCGACUACCAAAGACCACGAUUAAAAAAUUUAGAGGAAACACAUACAUUCGAAUGGCAAUCUAAAUCUAUCCAAUACUUAGGUAUCAAACUAACAAAAUCAAUAAACUCACUAACUACCGAAAACCAUACACCUAUGCUUCACAAACUCACAGCCCAAAUAAGCCAAUGGGAAGGGUUGGAAGUAUCAUGGCUGGGACGCAUCAACUCCAUUAAAAUGAUGAUUCUCCCCCACAUGCUUUAUCUCUUCCGUACACUCCCCAUUCCACUACCGACCAAAUUACUAAAAAGAUUCCAGAAUAUCAUUAACGCCCACAUAUGGAAACGGAAGCCUCCCAGAAUGGCCACCGCCAAACUUAGCCUACCAUUUGCGAAAGGCGGCUUAGGUGCUCCGGACAUCCGUAAUUACUACCGAGCAGAAGAGUUACUGUUGAAUGUUACCCUUCCCUUAACCCUUUGUUCUCUUCCCUUUUACCCGGUUGCAUGACGAGAUAGAGAAUUGAGCUAAUGCGGACAUCAACAACAGUUAGCACAAAUGUCUAUAGCUCUAGUCAAAAACAAACACCUCAAACGAGCUGUCACACAAACGGAGUUAUAACAUAACAUCGAUGAUGCAUAUAUGUUGUUGUCGAUACUAGCGUCACUACACGUAUUAUCAUUUUAUAUGAACUUCUGUGGAUAAGCCAAUCAGGCCACAUUUGAUCGAUGAGCUGCUACGUCAGCGAUAGUGUAUUGUAUUGUAUUGCAUUAAUGUUACUGUUAGUAAUGUAUUAAUAUUCAUGUUGGCAUUGUAUUACUAUCAUUAUCAUUGUAAUAUUAUUAUAGUAUCGUUUUACUGUAUUAUUCUAUCACUGUAUUUGUACCAAUACUGUAAAUGUAUUAUUAUAUCACGGUACCAUGCACUGGAGUACUACUAAAACCAAUAAAAAAGAAAUAUGGGGAAAAAAAAAAAAAGUAUAUUCGAGCUGGCUGUGACAUUGAGAUGUUUUGCAAUCUGUGCAAGGUACAAGUUGCCAUUCAAGAGGGGGACUCACAUUAUCAACUCGCUGUGCUCUAAUUUAGAGUGUUUCAAAACAUACAUAGCAGAAUUGUUAAGUUAACACGUCCAGUUAUAAAGAGUUUUUUUAAUUCUGUGUCUUUCAUAUAUGAGCAGGUCAGUGAAAGACUGACUAAUUUACUAACCAGUGCGGCUAAUCCUUGUAUAGAAUGACACAAUUACUCAACCAAAACAUGGGUAUACUUAGACCAUUGUGUGUUAUUUGCUAAUAUUAUAUUGUGAGCGUCUUGUUGGUUUGACUGACAUGGAGCAUUGUGCCUGGUUUAUACUGACAUAGGUAGUGUUUAAAGAACCUGUAGGAAGUCAGGUGACUAAUUUUCCUUGCAGAGACCACAAAGGGCUGUUUUACUGAUCCGUAACAAUUGUAACAUAGCUUUUUUUUCUUCUUGAGUUCAUAUAACAUAAAACUGUAAGAACUGUCUUUACGUUAAAAUUUAAACCAAAAUGUGCUAUUUGAUUUAUACCUGUCUGAGUUCCGGAUAUCCCAAGUUAAACUUUUUUUCCCCUUUUUAAUGAUGAUUAUGGUGUAAAAAUAAACGUGGAAAUCUGCAGUUAUCUUUCAGUAACCUCAAAUUAUUCCCUAUUUGCUUGAGGUAAUGUUGAGAAAGCACCAAGGGGCUGCAAAACGCAUCCAGGGCUUUAUUACUCGACCUUUUCACUCUGGUAGCUGUGUGGGUGGUCUCUCCCCUGUCUGGCAGCUGCAGGUUUAUCGCUACAUAUUUUUUCAUUUUUUUUUCUAAGUUCGCUGCUAAUACUUGAAAACCUAUGCCACUUCAACACACCAUGUAGUUUGUACGAUAUACUUGUACAACCUGCAGUAAUUAUGAGGGCUGCCAUGACAGUUUGAUGCCAUGUACUUAUAGUCUACAUAUAUUGUUUACUAAUGAAAGUGAUAUUUUUUUUUCUUCAUAUUUCCGUUUUUCUCUGUGACUUAUUUGAGGAUUACCCAUGUUUGUGCGGACUAUUGUUUAUCUUAUGGGACUUAUUGUUUAACAUUGGGGAAAAGUCCAGCACCAGGGUUACAUAUCAUUCCCCUUUUUUUGCAUUUUUAAAAAAAAAAACUACUUUACUCAGAGAUACGGCAUCCCUUGUGAAUGGGAUGACAUAUCACAUUUGCUAAUCUAUUUCACAUCGACAUUUUGCUCGAGGUAAGCUAACUCCCACUUGGUUUCAGACACACCUGGAUGAUGCUUUAUCUUCAGAGAGAUUAUAUUCUUUUCUUUUUAAAAUCAGUCUCUACUAUGUGUUCAUGGUUAUCUAUUGCACCAAUCCUAAUUUAUCAUAUUUGUAUUCUUUUUUUUUAUCGAGUGGCCGCGUUGUAACCUUUUAUUUUUCCUUUUCUGUACUUUUUAGUUUUUUUUGUUUUUGUUUGUUUUGCACAUCAGCGGGGAAAAUGCUGCACUAAUCAAAUGGUCUCUGACACCAUCUAAUUGAGUAACCAAGUUUGAAUUUGCUAUUGGGGCGGUAGCACUGCUGGAAGGCAUCCAGUAAAUCCUGAUAACCAUGCAAUGUAAACAUGGCACCCAGACCACUUCAUUGGGAUGAAGUAGUCUUGGUCCCUAUAGGUUGCCUAUAAUUGUUUUUACAUUGUGAGUGGAAUCAUUGAAUAAUCACACAAAUCGUAAAUAGACAAAAUGGCAGAAUUUAAAAAUGAAUGGUGAGAUUUAUUUAUUUUCUGAACCUGUCCCUCGUGGCCGCCGCCAUUUUCCUCUAUCCGGUCCCCUUCUGGUGCUUCAGUGCCAGGAGCCGAUGUCACUGCUGUAUUCUCGUGCAUUUGUGAGAGUACGGAAUUGAGGUCUAUGGAAGAUCCCGCGAGACCGAGGGAUCCUCCAUGGACACAGCAAAUAUCUUUGCAGUCAUCAAUGGUGAUGGCUUGAAAAUUAACACUUCUAGACGUCGGUAGCUUUGCCCAUUAUCUAGAAGUGCUAGGCGUGGGAAAAGUACUGACACAUAGUACUUCCUCUUUUGACUGGGUUGGAAUUUAAGUGAAAUAUUUAAUUUUUAACAAAAUACUUAUGUGGGGGUGACAUUGUUGCUUUAAUAUGAGAUCUAGAUACGGAUUAUGAAACUCUCAUUGAUAUUACGAUUGCUCUUUCUUAAUUGAAAUCAAAGUACUAUCUUAAUGUAUGAUGUGUGUAGUGAUAUCAAUGAAGAAUCAGACAAUUGCAUAUACAUUUAUUAGUUUUUAUUAAUAUACCGCAAUAUACAGGCAGAAAGUUUAACAUUCCUGCAAUCCUCAUGAUUAAUAAAACCUGGUUGAUGCAGAGGAAGGCAAAUAAAACCCCCGGUAGAUGAUGUCAAACAGGGGGAAAAAAAUUCCUUCCUGAUUUAUGGCGAUCAGUUUAAUACCCUGGAUCAACCACCUAAUGUUUAAUUGCAUAUUGCUGAAUAUAUUAUACUUGUAUGCAAAUAAAAUGGAUGCAAUUCAGAUAAGAAGGAUUCUGCUCAUAAAGCUUACAUUCUAAUAUGAAUAGUACAAUACAGAGAAGGAGGUCCCUGUUCACAGAGCUUACACUCUAUCAGCACACACAGCUUAUACUCUAUAAUAUCAGCAGUACAAUACAGAGAGUCCUUGCUCACAGAGGUUACACUCUAAUAUCAGUAGUACACUACAGAGCGGGAGGUCCUUGCUCACAGAGCUUACAGUCUUGUAUGAACACUGCAGUACAAAUAGGGAGGUCCUUUCUCACAUAGCUUACACUCUAAUAUUAACAGUACAAUACAGAGAAUGAGGUCCUUGCUCAGAGAGAUUACAUUUCAAUAUCAACAGUUCAAUAUGGGGAAAGAGGACCCUGCUCACAGAGCUUACACUCUACCAUUAGCAGUACAAUAUAUAGUGGGAGAUCCUGCUCACAGAGCUUACACUCUAAUAUGAAUAGUACUAUAUAUAGGGGGAAACUCCCUACUCACAGAGUUUAACUCUAAUAUGAACAGUACAAAACAGAAAAGGAGGUCCUUGCUCACAGAAUUUACAAUCUAACAUGAAUAGUGCAAUAUAGAUAAUGAGGUUCCUGUUCACAGAGCUCAUACUCUACCAUCAGAAGUACAAUAUAGAGAAGGAGAUCCCUGCUCAUUGAGCUUACACUCUUAAUAUGAAUAGUACAAGAGAGAGGAGGAGGUCCUUGCUCACAAAGCUUAUACUCAAAUAGGAACAGUACAAUACAGAAGGGGCAGUCCUUGCUCACAGAGCUUACGCUCUGAUAUGAAUAGUACAAUACAUAGAGGGAGGUCCUUGCUCACAGAGCUUACACUCUCAUAGAAACGAUACACUGCAGAGAGGUAGGUUACUACUCACAAAGUUUACACUCUAAUAGGAACAGUACGAUACAGAAAGGAAGGUCCUUGCUCACAGUUUACAGUCUAAUAUGCCCAGUACCAUACAGAUGAGUGGUCUCUGCUCACAGAGCUUACAUUCUAAUAUGAAUACUACAAUAUAUAGGGGGAGGUCUCUGCUCACAAAGAUUACACUCUAAUAUGAAUAGUACGGGGGGGGGAGGGGUUGGUAGCUGGUCCCUGGUCGCUGGUCCCUGGUCCCAGAUUGCUGGUUCCGUGGUCCCAGAUUGCUGGUUCCGUGGUCCCAGAUGGCUGGUUCCGUGGUCCCAGAUGGCUGGUUCCGUGGUCCCAGAUGGCUGGUUCCGUGGUCCCAGAUGCUGGUUCCGUGGUCCCAGAUGGCUGGUUCCGUGGUCCCAGAUGGCUGGUUCCGUGGUCCCAGAUGGCUGGUUCCGUGGUCCCAGAUGGCUGGUUCCGUGGUCCCAGAUGGCUGGUUCCGUGGUCCCAGAUGGCUGGUUCCGUGGUCCCAGAUGGCUGGUUCCGUGGUCCCAGAUGGCUGACCCAGAUUGCAGGUUCGUGGUCCCAGAUUGCCGGUUCCGUGGUCCCCGGGUUCCUGAUCGUGGUUGCCGGUUCCGUGGUCCCCGGGUUCCUGAUCGUGGUUGCCGGUUCCGUGGUCCCCGGGUUCCUGAUCGUGGUUGCCGGUUCCGUGGUCCCCGGGUUCCUGAUCGUGGUUGCCGGUUCCGUGGUCCCCGGGUUCCUGAUCGUGGUUGCCGGUUCCGUGGUCCCUGAUCGUGGUCGCCGGUCCCGGGUCCCUGAUCGUGGUCGCCGGUCCCAGAUUCCUCCCGAUCCCUGAUCGCGGGACCAGGAUCCCGGCUUUUGCCUUAUAGGUACGGGGGGUGGCGGCAAGGGGCUCUGCAUGCAGGGGGUGGAGCCCAUUCAUGUGGUCAUCUCCCCCCUAUAAAUACCCAAGCACUGCAGUUGGCCAGUGCUUGGUAGUUCUUGUGCUUGCCUCAGUCUCCUAGUUUCCUGGUUCUCGUUCCUGAUCCAAGGUUCCUGAUUCCUGGUACCAGAUCCUUGAUCCAUGGCUCCUUUUUCCUGCACCUGGUCCCUAAUCCUGGCUCCUGAUGAAGAGUAGAAUACAGAGAGUAAGGUCCCUCCUCGCAGAGUAUUUUCUAAUAUGAAACACAAAGCAUUUUUUUUUUAAUGAGACUCUUCAUUUCUUCUCCUCCUCUCCUUCCAAUGGAUCUUUUACCGUAAAUAGACUUGUAUUCUCUACAGUUUGCUUUAGAACUGCAAUAUUUCCACGCUAGAAAUCUGUUUGGAAACACACAUUUUUGAUGCUUUCCUCAGAGAUGAAGUCUGAAUAUUAAAGCAACUGACUGGUAAAUUUCUGCACUGAAUGACAAAACAAAGAUGAUCUGGAACACUGGAGAUAGCUCCAUUGUGAUGUCAUCACCCUCUCAUACCUUUUGAUAUGUCAAAAAUGGCUAUGUAACUUUUUGGACAGUGAAUUAUGCUCAUCGCUUCCCUCCUACAUCUCAAAUUAUCAUUUUUUUUUUUUUUUUAUACAUAUAAACUGAUCCAGAAAUAGAAUGAAAAUAAGCAAAUAAGAACAUUUUCCUUUGUUUUAAUUAUUUUAUGACAUUUAAAUUUAACACAUCUAACAAACAUGGCCUUCCUUAAUAAAUGUGUGUUGAAACAUCUAGUAACACUUUAUAUACACCUAUAUAUGUUUACAAGUAAAAUAAUGCUACAGUAUGCUUUAAAAUUCUUUAAAAAUUAAAACACAAUGCGUGCUUUAAAUAUGUGAUUUAUCAAGUUUAUAUUAAAGUGUUUUACACCAAAAAUAUGGGUAUUGUCCUGGGUCCUAUCAUUGCUUUAAAAAAAAAUAAUAAAAAAAAAAUAGCAUUUUAUUAGAGUUUGGAUACUCAAAAAUACAACUUUGCCGUGGUAUGAAAAUGAUAACAUUUUUAAAACAAUAAAAAUCAUCUGUUAGGGCCCCUGGUUGCUUUUGGGCUUAAGCUGUGACUGAUUGCCUUCAUUUCAUCCCUGGGUUCACCUUUGUCUGCCUCUGGUAAGUUCAACUGUCAGAGGAAUACCAUUUGGUCAUCUGUGGAGGACAGGGUAAGCAUCUGGUCUCCCUGUGGCUCUGUCAGGGAUCCAUCUUCUUCCCACCUGUAUCUUACUCCUGCGUCCCCUAGUUGUUUGGCAAUUUGUGCCAGCUGUCUCCGUUCCGCAAGUGCUGUGAACGCGAGAUCCCCAUAUAAGGCCACAGUGCUACCCUUCAUUUGCACAGUGCCCAAGACUCUGGAGCGGGACAUGAUAGCGAAACGGGUUGUCACGUCCUUCAUGACUGCUAUAGUGUCUCUGGGUGCGUCUCUUGGGGUUGUUGCAGCUUUACGGAUUCUGAACGCAGAAAGUAUCAUGUUUGGCUCAGUGCCUUCAUUAAGGCCCAUUGCGAACAUUAGGCAGUAGAUGUAGGGCAGUAAGGCAUCCCCCUCCCACACUUUCAGAUAUUCCGCCUUCUGCGCUGUGCCUCCAUAGUUGUGACAGUCCGCAGGAGUUUCUGGACCUGUGAGGAAAUAUCCCACAUUGAGUCCUGGAAGUGCUGUUGUUGGUGCUCCCUUGCACUUUCUCGUGCUUCCACUGCUGUAAACCACUGUUGGAGAUUCCCCACCUCCUUCUGAGUGCUUAGCAGCUUUCCACACUUCCCUCAUUUCUGUUUAGAGGUCUCUUAUGUCACUUUGAUUCUGAGUCGGAAUAAUGGGCCACAGCUUCUGCCGAACGCAAGGUAGGACUCUCCCUGUCAUCCUGUGAGUCCUCUGAGGCCUCCUCCUCACUGGGAGCCUUGGGCGCCAUCUUGGUGGGAGCCGGUGGAUUAGGCCUCGCAAACAAGAGCCGAAUAUCUGACAUUUUGGGCGUCUCACGAAUGCGAAAUUUUAAAUUUUUGCGCCCCAUUGGUGUCGCUGUGCGGGAGGCGUGUGUGUGGUCUUUUCAUAAGAGCUGUUUGUCGGGUUAUAGGCACACACUGCCCGCACUGUUCCCCUCGUACACACACUGCCCGCACUGUUCCCCUCGUACACACACUCUCACAUACACAGAACCCCUCACACACACAAACACAGUGCACCCCUUACACUCACUGCCUCCCAUACACACGUACUGCACCCCUCACACACACUACUAGAGGCCCUGUCCUGGUAGACCCCAGGUAAACUGUCAAACUGUUCUUAAACGGUUUGACUAUUUAUUCUGGGAGGGCGCCACGGCACUCCUGACACCAUAACCACAACAGAGAGCUGUAGUGGGUAUUGUCCCUGGAUUGUUUCUUCAAUUACAAUCUGAGUACCAACAACUUUGUUUUCCUGCACUAUAGCUUUCCUUUAAAUGUAAGGUUAGGGACAGUAUUAGGGGUAGGAUUAAGUGCAGGAUUAGCGUAAAAGGUAUACAUCCAGGGUAUCCUUGUACUCGACUGUAAGACAGUAGCCAAAUACAAAUGUGGGGUGUUUGCAGUAGCGGGACAUAUGUGAUCCAUGAAUUUCCACAAAAUACUUGUGUGGGAGGGGGAACAAAACACAAAAAAUUAGCUAUUUUAACCUAGGUUUGUGAUUAAAAUGGUUAAAUGAAAAGUGAUCUUGUUGCAUAGGCUGAGGGAUGUACUUUCUACAAAUAUAUACUUUUGCAUAGUGGUUUUUGGAUCUAUUAACUACGUUCAAAGUUGACAAAUUUUUGCUUUAAAACCGUAAUUCACCCCUUGCAGUAGUUUUUUUUAAUUUUAUUAUUAUUUCUAAAAAAUAUAAUUGAAAUCCUGGACAUAUUGGGCUUGUAAACAUUCAGGACUAAUUAAUGAAUCUGUUUUGAGUUUGUUUUAAUUGUUCGAACACAUUUUAUUAAAUGUAAAACUGAGGGGAAAAAGUUUUCCAUGUCCCUUUAUGUUAUGUGUAAAGACUUAUUCUUCAAAGUCAAUCUUUUAUACAUCCUUAUUGUUGCAGCUGACCCAAAAAGAAGUCGACCAUUCUCCCUGUGUUAAAAAAAAAUCUUAUUUAUAAUACCCAUAUCACAAAGGCUCUUAAUGUAUAAUCCCUUUACAUCAUCCAGGUUUAGGGAGUGUUUGUGAUCUAGAAGACAAUCUCGGCCCUCCCAUUGAUUUCUAAAGGGACAAUGCCUUUAUCACAUAAAUCCUGCUGUGCGUAGCUUUAAGAGAUCCUGAGAUAUGCAAUUCUUUUGUCACAAGGAAUUUCAUCCACGAUAACAUGAUAUAAAGCUACUUAGCCGUCUCUUUGGAGCCCUUGUGGAACUUCUGUUAACAAGCUUCUGCUAGUAGCUUCAUUCAUGUUUUUAGUGAGAAAAGUACUGAAAGCCAUAAAUGUGGCCAUUCAGAAAGAGGCCAUACACUGUUGAUAUUCUUAAUCUUGCGUCAUUCUCAUCCCCAUCGCGAAAAGGUAUUUAAAAUGCAACAUUGACAGCUGUAUCUUCCUCAGAUAUUCCCUGUCCUGCACAGAGAGAUGCAACCGCUAAAACAAAGAAUGUCCCAUUUACUGCCACCUGUUAUGGCUGAUGGCUAAAGUGGGAAUGUUUUACCCUAUUCCCACCUUCCUCCAAACACUUAAGCAACUUGUCUUACCCACGUCUAUUGGAAUGCACUGCAAGUUAAAAUCGAAUUUCAGUUUUAGCCCGAAACUGCCAAUUUGGAAGCAUUCUCCAAGAUGGCUGUGCUAGAUAUGUUGCCUAAAAUUUUGAAAUUCACUUUGAAUUACCAACAAUUCAAACAAUCUGGCCUAAAAAUGGAUGUUCCAUGUUUUAGUGAAUAUCCCUGUGUGUUUCCUUUAAAGGCUAAAAUGACGUGACAAAUACUUUUGGCUAGUGAGUCUGUAAAGGCUUUGGAUUUACCAAGGGCGGCCUUCAUUGUGAACUGGUUAAACUGCAAAUAAGCUGCCUUAGGGAAGGGUGUGUGGAGGAGGGGGAGCCAGGUCCUGUCUGACAGGUGGUUGAGCUGAAUUUAAUUUCCUUUUCAGUGUUUGUUUUCAUGAUUUUUGCUGGACUACAGGUGUUUUUCCAAUAUCUGUCCAACUUUGUAACUCUUCAACUGGAUCACUUUUCUAACGGAAGCGUUGCCCAUUUCAAAAGUACUUUGUUAAAAAAGCUUCAGGGCUGUAAUUAGUAAUUCUGUAAUAAUGCAGUCAUACAAAGGACUAAUAUAAAAGUGACAAAAGCCUGCAAACAUAUUUUUUUUUAUUUUUUUUAUUUUUUAUAACGUUUUCAAAUAACAAAUUAUAACUGAUAUUUUGAUCUAGAUGUAACAAGUGUGUUUGUCACCACUAAAUGCAGCUGUCAUCAUUCAACUUAACAAAAAUGUGUUUUUAUUUUAUUUAUUUUUCCUUUAAUUGUUUUAUUUAUAUCAACAACCUCCAUGAUUGAAGUAGUUUUGUGGUCACCUGGAAUCACAGUGCCAGGUUAAUAUAAGGCAAAAAUAAUUUGUAUCCUUCUAAAAUAUCUUAUGCUCCCAAUCAUAUGCUGUUUUUUUUCCUCUGGAAAUUCCAGUAGCAUAUUUACCGUUCUAUGCCAAUGGCUAACGGCGAGUACUCCGACUGUUGUGGACUAUGUUUCCCAUGAUGCUUAGCCAAAUAUUUGGGAGUGGUUUCCUGCAUUAUAUACACAGUAAGCCAGCUUAAGGCAAGUGCUCCCCAGCAGCAUGUUGAAUGGCUACAACUAAAAUAAAGGGAAUUAAUUACUGAGGACAGGUCCGAUGGGAUCCCCACCCUGGUUAAUUAUUUCCUGUAAAUUCCUUCCUCUAGUUGUGCGUUGUGUAUUGAAUUAAGAUGAUGUAUUCAUGUCUUGCACUGAAAGGGUUGACGAAGAGCUGUAGGUUUUUCUGCAAGGGAAGAAGGGGGAGGAGAGCAAAUAUUAGGAGCUCUCACACCAGGAUGUACAGCUGAGGGAAUGUUUUCCUGUGUUGUUAUUGCAGGAGCAAAAGGAGGAAAGGGGGAUUUGAGCAUCAGGCAUUUGUGAUGGGACAUUAAAGCAAAGGUGAGCAUGGAUCUAAGGAAGUGAAGGGGGCACUUUUUACCUUAUGCAAUUACAGCACCUGCUUCCCACGUCACCUGGGAAAGCAUUGAGUAGCAAUGGAACCAGGAGCACCUGUUUGUGAUCAACGUACUCUACUGUUCCUCUCUUUCUUCUACUAACUUUCCUUCCAUUUCACUAGAUUUUCAGCUUCAAGGGUAAAUACUUACUAUCUGAUUGUUGUCUGUCAGUGAUUUUUCUUCUGAUUGUUGAGAGAACAAAAGUUUGCAGCUGCCAGUUAUAGACUAUAACAUUGUGACAGCUGCUGGAUCACGUCGUCCUAAAAUGCUUUAAUGGGGGCGAGUUGAACUCUAUAAAGCUAUGGCUAUACAGGCUAAUCUCUUCUGGACUGCACCUGUCCUACCUGUGAGUUUCCAAAUUAGUUCUAGUGACACGUCAUUGACUCCGCUCAGAAGGCUUGUUACCACUAUGCAGAGUUACAGCCUCGAGCACUGCUUUUCAUUUAUUUAAUUUUUUAGAUGUGCUGCAUGUGUACCGUGUGCGUAUACUUUUUCCGUUUACCAUUAUUAAUAUUCACAGCUGCAACAAUUCUAUCUAACGUACGUAAUGGCAGCCUCUAAAACAAGGAUAUAUCAGCAGCUGCUUUGCUUGCUCUCCGUAACAUUUGUCGUAAUAGACGUAUAAAUUUGGAAAGCAAUGCUCUGUGAAAUUGUAAAAACUUGUGUUUAUUUCAAUACAGAUUUAUUUGUAUUUUCUACUUGUCUCUUUCUGUUGUCAGGGUUAAACUCUAAACUGAGUUAUUGUUUUUUUGGUUUGUUUGUAGAAAUUUAUCAUGGGAUUGCACAUUUAAGGCCAAAUUGAGAAAUAAAAAAUGUGUGUGUAUAUAUUUUAAUUUGUCAGUUUUGUUGUAAAAGUUUAAUUUAAUGUCACCAUUUAGUGUAUAAUUUCCAUCAGGGUUAUUUACUCAAGUCUUUGACUUUUAGUAAAUAGCCAAAUUAGGAGAUUUCUCUCCAGCAGCUAUUUUUGCUGUAUGACUAUGAUGGCCUUAAAUAUGGUAUUCACUUUGUACCCAAAACAAUUAACACUUCUGUUAAUAAUCCUGGUUAAUUCUUAAAGCGGCCCCUUUCUCUUGAAGUGUGUCAAGGAAGUGCAAAUGGAAUUUUAACAUUUCCAUAGUUAUGUUUAUUUAAACUGAAUUGGAAAGGAAGAUGGCCCUGUAAUUCUGAACUGGAUGUUUUGGUUGUUUUUUUUUUUUGUUUGUUUAGUUUAGUCCUAAAGUUGCCUAAAGGCCCAUCUUCAGUGCUGUUGUAUAUGUACUUGUAUCUUUAAAUAUACGUUCCCUUUGAGUAUUUCAUUAUGCUUUGUCAUUGCAUACUCUUUGUUUCCGUAGUUGUACUUUUAGGACUUACUUUUCCCAUUGCUAUUUAUGUUAGUUUGUUGCAGUAAAAGAUUGUGCCGUGUUCUCUAAAGCCCUCAGUAAUCCAUCCGAAAGCUAAACUGGUUCAGGACAGGCAACAGCUGAUAAACGUGGGCCGAAGAUACUGGCUUAUAUCUCCCACACCUCCUUUCAUCUCUGCUUACAAACAUGUUUCCAAGGAGAUGAUAGGCCAUCAAGAAAAACCAGUCUGACUGUUCUUAAGAGCAUUUUUUUUAUUUUAUAGCACUGUCUAGUUUUUAACUCUUUCCACUAACAUAAUAUAUUUCAUGCCUGUUCCUUUUAUCCUUUUUUAUACAUUUUUUUGUUCUUUAUUUUAUUCUUAAUGUAUUUUUAUACUGGAUACUGACCAGACUGUAGAUCUGCAGUAAGGACAAGUAAUGCAGAGAUAGAGGGUCUUUGUGCUGGCUAUCAGAAUGGCCAGUCUUAACAGACGACUCUGAAAUGAUGUGAUUAAACAGAACCCUAUAAAGGUGAGCGGAAAUAGCCAAAGUUUAAAAAAUACAUUUUAAAAAAAAUCCAGAAGUACGCAAGACUGCACUGGUCAAGGUCGUGAGAGGCAGGACAGGGUAUCCACACAAAGCAAAAAAAUGCUAUAGAAUACAGAACUGUGGUAUUGGGCUAUGAAAAUCAUAAGUGGGCCUUAGGAAGGCAACAUAAUUGCAUUUAAAUAUCGAAGUGUUCUGUGGAAAUUUGGCCGUGCAUGUGGGGCAGCAAUCGGGGCUGCCAUUUUUAUGUAAGUGCAUUUUGGCUUUAUGAAAGCAUGCAAAAUUAGCAGUGUCCGGAAGUCUGCUAGAGGUAGAUGCUUCAUUUGGGACACUGACAUAUAUGGUAUUAAUCAAAGAUAGUUAAAUGGUUGCUCCUGAGGUCUUGCUUGGAGUCUUCCCCUAGGCCAGUGGUAUAGCAGUCACGGAAAUUGUUAUUGAAAGGGACUAACUCCCAUCACUACUGGGCGGCAGCAAAGACUACAGUUCACAUCAGCCCCAAUGUAUAGUAAAAAACAAAGAAAAACAGGUUGCACUGGACCUAUCUUUCUGCAUUUGUAUCCACUUUUUGUAUCUCACAGCUUUGUUACAAUGCUGCCGCCCAUUCCAUGUGUUCCCUAUUAAGGGUUAAUAAAUAUAUAGGGGUGUAUAUAAAAAAUACCCCUUUCUGUCAAAUUAGAGAAAUUUUUGCCAGAGGCUCAAGGAAGCAAGGUGAAUGGUUAGAGUUAGGACCCACUUAGGGGGGGCUGCCUUGACGUUGGCAGGUGGGCUUAUCCUCUCAUGGCCAUUGGAGGUAACUAAAAAACCUCCAUUUGUUUAAAAAUACAUAGGGAUUAAGGAGAGAGCGCAGGUAACUUGUUUUUCUUUGGUUUUUACUUUAAUUAGGAACUUGUGGAGACCGUAUGUUGUUCUAUAGUGAUCAAAGGUCCUAUGUGACAGAAUCCUAUGUUUUGUGUUUUCAAAUAGAAACAUAGAAUGUGACGGCAGAUAAGAACCAUUCAGUCCAUCUAGUCUGCCCAAUUUUCUAAAUAUUUUCAUUAGUCCCCUGACAUUAUCUUAUAGUUAGGAUAGCCUUAUGCCUAUCCCACGCAUGCUUAAACUCCUUUACUGUGUUAACCUCUACCACUUUGGCUGGAAGGCUAUUCCAUGCAUCCAAUACCCUCUCAGUAAAGUAAUAUUUCCUGAUAUUUUUUAACCUUUACACUUCUAAUUUAAGACUGUCCUCUUGUUGUGGUAGUUUUUCUUCUUUUAAAUAUGGUCUCCUCCUUUACUGUGUUGUGCGUAUGUCUUUUAUUUUGUUUUUGCAACGCCUGCAUUCACCUUGAAGCUGAUUUUACCUUUUGCAGUGUUUAGACAUAAUUGUGGACUCGAGAAAUGGAAGGUGAUAAAUGUUCCACCUAGGUCAGCAAUUGCUUACCAUAGCACUACAGGUAUAUGUAAACUACAAGCGAGUUGAACAUCCAGUACCACCACAAUUAUCAUGUAAAACUCUUAAGGAUUUCUCCACUAAACUUCAAACUUCAAAAGUAUCGAGGACAGAAUUGAAAACUUCUGCCCAAAAUAGUAUGACUAUAACUGAGUUGGACAAUUCUUAUAAAAUGACUACUUUGGCCUGUAUUUUUAAGUUAGAUUUUGGGGUUUAUGGGGUUAUUUUUUUUCAUUACGGUUAUACCAGUCUUGAUAAAGUUUAGCUUGUUUGUACCUACGGUAUGCAUGAACUCCAUUGACCUGAUGAAUGUUCCCCCACUCCCAUUUACUGUAAGAGUUCCUUUGAUAUUUGCAGGCUGUUAUUUUGCUAAUAUGUUGCUCCUUGUCCAAUUUGCUACAGUGUUUUUAAAUUGCCUAUAAGUAGGUGCACACAAUUGAUUUCAUUCAAUUCACUCAGGUGCACAGUAUACUACUGGAAUGGAGGCUGGUUUUUGUUUCUUGUAAUGAACUCUUGAAUGGACAAACUAUCCCUUUUUAACUUGAAGUUUGAUGGUUUGAUGUUUUGUCAUUUUACCGAGCACAAACCUUGUUGGCAAUGUGCUUUUUCACAUUGUUGAGGGAUAGCAGGAGUGUAUUUGCAGUUUUUAUUUCAGCAUUAUACAGAUGAAUGGGUUUCAACCUUUUUUCACUUUUGUACCCCUUGGUAGCCCAUUUCCAUAAAUUGUGUUUGUGAUCUAGAAGACAAUCUCGGCCCUCCCAUUGAUUUCUAAAGGGACAAUGCCUUUAUCACAUAAAUCCUGCUGUGCGUAGCUUUAAGAGAUCCUGAGAUAUGCAAUUCUUCUGUCACAAGGAAUUUCAUCCACGAUAACAUGAUAUAAAGCUACUUAGCAGUCUCUUUGGAGCCCUUGUGGAACUUCUGUUAACAAGCUUCUGCUAGUAGCUUCAUUCAUGUUUUUAGUGAGAAAAGUACUGAAAGCCAUAAAUGUGGCCAUUCAGAAAGAGGCCAUACUGUUGAUAUUCUUAAUCUUGCGUCAUUCUCAUCCCCAUCGCGAAAAGGUAUUUAAAAUGCAACAUUGACAGCUGUAUCUUCCUCAGAUAUUCCCUGUCCUGCACAGAGAGAUGCAACAGCUAAAACAAAGAAUGUCCCAUUUACUGCCACCUGUUAUGGCUGAUGGCUAAAGUGGGAAUGUUUUACCUUGUUAUGCCUAUUCUUGAAUGGAUAAACUAUCCCUUUUUAACUUGAAGUUUGAUGGUUUGAUGUUUUGUCAUUUUACCGAGCACAAACCUUGUUGGCAAUGUGCUUUUUCACAUUGUUGAGGGAUAGCAGGAGUGUAUUUGCAGUUUUUAUUUCAGCAUUAUACAGAUGAAUGGGUUUCAACCUUUUUUCACUUUUUUACCCCUUGGUAGCCCAUUUCCAUAAAUUGUAUCCCUCAGCAAAAUGUUUGUAAUUAAUAUAGCUGCUAUUUAUUAUUAUUAUUGCCAUUUAUAUAGCGCCAACAGAUUCCUUAGCGCUUUACAAUAUUACGAGAGGGGGGAUAUAACUAUAAAUAGGGCAAUUACAAGAAAACUUACAGGAACAAUAGGUUGAAGAGGACCCUGCUCAAACGAGCUUACAGUCUAUAGGAGGUGGGGUAUAAGACACGUUAGGACAGGAAAUAUCAAUCAAAUAGGGUGGGAAUGAAGCAGAGCUGGAGGAGGGGGUAGAGUGCUGCCCUAUAGGAGAGAGCAAGAGACAGGUAUGCAAGGUAGAGGUUACUCUGGGAGGCCAUAAGCUUUCCUAAAGAGAUGGGUUUUAAGGCACUUCUUACAGGAUUGAAGACUAGGGCAGAGUCUGAUGAGGGUAGGCAAGCUAUUCCAUAGGAAAGGAGCUGCCAUGCAAACGCAAGUUGGCUGUACAGGUGCGAGCAGCAGUCAGAAGGUGGUCACAGGCAGAGCAGAGGGAACAAGGAGGGGAAUACCUAUUGGUCUGUGAAGAGAUAUAAGAUGGGCUAGAAUUGUUCAGGUUUCCCAGCUCCUCAUUUGCCCCAGGCUCUUCCUAUGGUUGGCUGCAAAGUCCAACGUCUAUGGCAUUAGCAAUACUUAUUUAUUUGCAGUGGUUUGCAAUCUAAUUAACUUUAAGGCAAACUGAGAAGAUCCUUCCGCACACUGUUUGCCUUAAAGUAAAUCCGGCACUCUGCAGGCGGCGCAUGUCAACAACAGUAUGUGACGUGAUGCACCUUGCGCUGAAAUCCUUCUCCAUAUGAGCCCCUCCUUCCCUGGAAUAGCAGGAGAUUGUCGUAAAUUACAUCGGAUUCUUUAGUGCUGAGCCUUUGCCAGAAUGGGAGGCUGGCUGUCUCCUUCCUCGGCCAGACCAUGUCCAAAAUGACCGCCCAUUUAUUCCACCUCUGUUUGCACCAUUACAGGGAACUGAUCCGUACCACUGGGGGUACGCAUACCACAUGUUGGGAACCACUGAUAUAAACGGAAGGUUUAUCUGCUAUCUGCCAGGAUAAAGGUGGUCUGAGUACCACAGGAAAUUACUCCACAAAUAUCUGCAGUGUGAAGAUUAUCCAUCACGGACAUAAACUAAAACAAUAUACCUUUUAUAGUCCUCUGUGUAUUCUUAUCCUUACACAAAUAAAAGGCAAUUAUAAUGUUAAAUAUUAUCACAGAAUGGAUUACAUGAAAUGAAUGAAAAAAAUUAUUUAAGUCUCUUCUUAACAAGGGUUAUUGACAGGUCUGGUAAAACAUUUUAGAGAUCAAUUAUUACACAAUAAUCUGUAGAAAAACAGACCCAAUCACUUCAGUAAUGUCCAGAAGCAAGUAGUAAAACUGAAACCAACCGUAUACAGAUUAAAGAACAGGGCACACACACCCAAAUACAAUUUUACAUCUUGCAAGCUUACCUCAAAUUUGCUUCCACCCUUUGGCCAUAUUGUGCUAAGCAGUCCACUGUGCCACUAGAUAUCUGCUGGUAUUACACUACUCUGUAUUGGUGGGCAAACAUUGGAACUAAAUCUAAAUUUGCUUGCUUAGAUAGGUGAUUUAAAAUUGUCAUUUUGCAUGUGUGUGCUGUUUUUUAAAAUCUGUAUUUUAUAUUGUAUUAAUGCUGAAAAAUGCAUGUUCUGGGUGUGCCCCCAAUCCUAUUUUUUUUUUUUUCUUUCUCUGAAAAUAAUGUAUGGCUGGUUUUGUUUAUUUUUAAGUGCAAACCUGUUCUGGAUGACUGGAAAAUUAUCCCUAAAAGCACAAUCCUUUCAGAGGGCAUGAGUACAUGUCCCUUAGUGAUUUUCUGAGUAUUCUGCUAAAAAUGGGCUGCAGUUUCAAUAAUUUACCACGAGUUCCCUGUAGGAAUAAAUUUAAAUAAAUUUUUGGAACCUACUGAGUUAUUCACUAUGUUUGGAUCGUCAGGAUUCCACAAUUAAUUUCAAAGCAUAAACAAAAAAAGCCAAACUGUAAAAAUUCUCUGAGUCAGCUAUAUUUUUAGUUUCAGCUAUUUUUGACUAAAAUUCACUUUGAGUUCUCAACAAUUCACAUUUGACUGUGAAUUAGUCCUGCCAGGUUGCAUGGGUGAAUGUUAAUCUUCAAUUGCUAUUGGAUGUUUGAUGUUAAACCCUUAUCUUAUCUCACUCUAUUUUUUAUUAUACCAUUCUUAUACCACAUCCAGAUAUAUUUACUAGGUAUGUGUUUUAUCUUUUAUUAGUUAUCGUUUUGAGUCUUACCCAGUUCCAUCUUCUAUGGAACUCGUGUGGUAUAAACCAUGAAAACAACCCUUCAAAAUGAAAGGAGAAAGUAGGCCUAAAUGAAAACAUGGUGGGAAUAUAUUACCGUACAAUCUGAAUACACAAUCUAUCCGCAUAGAUUGACGUUUUCAGAAGGAAAUGUCUUUAAAACAUUACAGCUGCCGUGUCUGUCACCUGUUGGUCACUCGACUCCCUAGCAUUAUCUCUAAUGACUUCACAUUAAAUCCAAAUAGGCCUCUAGCUGGUCUCUGUGGUACCUUGUUUUGAGGACAGAUGAUACUUGCCCUAUAUGAGCUUACUGUUUGAUGCUAUCUGAUUGAUAUUUUUGUACUAGAAUUCUUAGGAUAGAUAUAUGGCAGUCCUAUAUAAAAUCCAAUCCUGUGUGAAUUUCAAGCCUUUGACAGAUGUGAAAUAAACAGGUUAGUUGGCUUUUAUCUGCUAUCAGAAGCUGUACGUCUAUUCCUUAUCUCCACAUGUGUUAUUCAUUGCUUGCUGAUGUAAUUUGUGUGCUCUUCAGACACAAAGCUGAUGUUUUAAUAUCUGAACUAUUCUUUAAAAUAUUAUCUGUACAAGAGGUUUCCAUUUAUAUCCUGUAACCACACACUUGCGUUGAAGGCCAUUUUUCAAUGUUUAGGAAUAAUAGCAGCAAAGAUAAACUGUAUGUUUAGAAAUUACUGUUUUUUUUUCUUUUCCCCAAUGGCAUCAAAGCUCUGUAAAUUCCUCAAUCUCUAUAACAUUUAUUGCUGUGAACCAUACACUCAGCCUGUUGGAAGACGUUGCGUGUGCAAUUAUAACGCGUCUCCAGAUACUUGGAAUCUUACAGAGUCUGCAUAUUGACCACUUUUAUAUUUUGCAAUAAAGUCCUAUAAAAGUAAACUUUUGAUGAUCUCACGGGUCUGCCGUGUACAUAUUUAUAGAUGUGGAAGAUGCUAGUCUGUGAAAGCUAUCCAGGCCUGCUCCAUGGGAUACUUUGUCACACAAUGUGUCUUUAUCGGAAGAUUAAAUGUCAACUUGACCAAAUGACACAAUGACUGGCUGCAACUGUUCUUCUAAAAGCACAGGUCCACUUAGUCUGCGAGAAAGGUAGAACAGUUGCAUGAAUUAACUCCCCACUGCUUGAAUAGCAUAGCUGGCAUAGCUAUAUUACAGGUUAUUUACAUGCUAAUGUAAGUGCAGGUGCUUUCUUCAUUGAAUGUGGUGAUGUACAGUAAAAUAACAAGUUGGUAUGUAUAUGAAAUAGUGGGACAUUAUGCCAUUGACGUUUAUGCUUCAGCAAGGGGUGUGUGUAUUAGAGUGUGUGUGUGUCUUAAGCACUUACCUUUCUCCAGUGCCGGACUCCCUUGGCGCUGGGGAUCUCUCCGCCCCGAUCCGCCCUCUCAGCUCUGAAUGCGCAUGCGUGGCAAGAGCCGCGCGCGCAUUCACACCGCCCAUAGGAAAGCAUUACUCAAUGCUUUCCUAUGGACGUUCAGCGUCUUCUCACUGUGAUUUUUCACAAUGAGAAUUGCGGAAGCUCCUCUAGCGGCUGUCAAUGAGACAGCCACUAGAGGCUGGAUUAACCCUCAGUGAAACAUAGCAGGGUUAAAACUAGAGGGACCUGGCACCCAGACAUUGAGCUGAUAUGAUCUGGGUGUCUGUAGUGGUCCUUUAAGUGUAUGUGUAUCUGCAUGCACUGGCGUACAUACCGCGGUCGCAGCCCUGCGACCAGGUGCCCGCCGCCAUGUGUUGCGGCCCCAGCCCGUGCAGAGUAAGGGGGAGGGGGGGUGCACAGAUCAGUUUUCGCACCGGGGCCCCAUGGGUUGUGUGUACGCCACUGUCUACCGCAUACAGUAAUGGGAUUCAGAGUUGAACUUGAUGGACUGUAGUCUAUUUUAAACCUAGACAACUAUGUACUAUGUAGUCUGUUAAGGCUGUGCACUGAUUUCUAUGUAUUCAAAUCUCCCACUGAUUUCUUCAAAUCUCAUGCUAGAUCAUUCUUACGGUUUUGAUAUUGCCAGUACAGAGGGAUGUAGACCUCCUUAGGACAGCAGUUAAUAGCGUUAUCCAUUGUUUCAUUUGGGAUCUGCAAGCCAUGGGGCUGUGGGCCUAUUACACUUCGGGCCAAUUCUAAACACAAAAAACACGUUGCAACGUUCACAUUUGUCUGAAGCCACACCCCUAGUGGUGGGCAGCCUGUAGAGGCUAUUUCUCAUGAAGACCUGUUAAAAUAAAAGGUCUUUAACUUCUGUGUCAUCACACCCAACAUGAUGGCAUAGUGAAGCACUGGAUUCAAUGCUUCUUUGAGACGCUUUUGAAUGGUGGAAGAUUGUGAUUGUCUCAAACAUUGGAUUGGACCAAAUAUAUCACUAUUGAUGACUUCAUAGGAAGUGGAGUGACUGCUCUGAGGAGACUUAGGCUAGAGCUGGUGCUAGAAUAAAGAUCUAAGAAUUAACGGAGUAUGCUGUUAUUAUAUUUGUUAGAGUUCCUUUAAUUCACUGCCUCUAAUUAUUGAGUAAUGUUUUUGAAACACAAAGGAGGAAAAUUUUCAAGGAAAAUGUAGGUACUAUUUUGGGACAAUGGGCUAAAUAUGGGGCCCAUGGACACCAGUAGAAUGUCUCACAGCAUUUCGCACUUUUCCCCAGAAGAGCACCUGUUUUGCCUCAGUUAAAAUAACUUCCUCCUUCCCCCAGUAUCUAUUGAGUAGUCAUUUGAGUGUAGUUUCUGAGAUAGGUGUGUGUUACCCAACCCGCAGCUACAGUGUUAAUCAGUUACGUGUCUCAUUUCUGCUGUCCGCAAAGUGGGUCAUAAUACAAUGAGUGAAUUGUUCCUCCUGAGAAGACUUCUUUUAAGAGAUAUCUGUUGAAUAAUUGACCCCACCCCCACCAGGCGAUGUACAUGGUGAAAUUUCAACAUUCUGAUUUUAUUGUAAAAGAAGCAAAAGGUAUUUUGAAGUAUUAGUGGGUCUUUGGCCUCCGUAACGGCAUAAUUACAAAGAUAUUGCUAUUAUUAAAUAUGUUGUGUUUUUUUUUUUUAUAGCUCAUUGUAUUUAAGUAGUCUUAUCCUUGCCAUAAAAUGCACAAUCUAAUUUCUAUGGUGAGACAGAACAAGACCAGAAAGCUUUGUUUUCCAAGUCGAGAUACCAACUUAAUAGUAAAAGUCAAUGUCAAGAUGCAUUGCAUUUGCUGGGGUGAUGUUGAACAGUUGCAGAAUGGAUAACUGUAUUAUUUAGUGCUUGUUUAUUUACAUCUUAACAUAGCGAUGACUAAAGGCUCCCAAGAGAGCCAACAUAGAACAUGUGUGUGCUAGUCCUUAGGGUGACACAUUAUGGAAACAAAAAUGAACCUACAGCAUAAGAAGGAAUGUGAAUAUAUACCAUUGUUAACAAAGAUACAAAAAAUAAAUAAAAAUUAUGUGUUUCCAACAGAGCCUUCUUAGUCUGCCAUACGCCCGUGUGUAUUUAUGCCAAGUCCACGCCUCAUGAUCACUUACAAUUCACCUCCUGAUUUUCUUGGGACAACUACUUGAAGCUUUUUGGCUUUUAUCAUCUGCAGAUCACUCCACGGGAUCAUCAGCCGGUUUCGGCAACAUUUAGACCGGCACAAUGUCUGGUAAGGGAUGGAAGUUUCUUUUUUGCUCAUAUUCUCAUAAAGGAUUUGCUUUUAUUUAACUGCAAGGGCUGGAUUUACAACUCAGGUACCUUGGCACAGAAAGUUGAAAUGCCUCUCUUGGAGAGAAAAAUAAGAAUGUGUGUGGUGCUUUUGGUUUAUAUUAUUGUAGUAAUGAAUGUCAUAGAGCCACAGGCCUUCUGGCAUAUGCCAUUACUGUACUUAUGAGAACCACUGACACACAUUUAAAAUGUAAGAGAAAACAACUGACCGUUGAACUCCUAAUUAAAGCUUAAUAUAGGCCAGAAAUUGGCACUAAAACAGUGUUUUAUCAGUCCAUUGGAAAAAGGAACUGGAGACUCUCUAUCUUGCUAUGUGUGGGGUCAAUUGAGGUGCUGGGUUGAAAGAAUUGGACUCAACCAAUAUCUGGUCAGAGAGCUGCUGAGUUGCCGUCUUAAAGUGCUUCAUGGUUUGUUGAAGCCAUCCAAAGUUUAAAAACUGAAUUUUAGGUAAACAGGAGCGCUUUAUCAUUAUGGUAGAGUACUAAUAAACACAGGUAAUGUACAGUCCCUUACCAUGUCUGACGACACAAUAAUGAUAUCCUUGUUAUGUAUCUUUAAAGGUAUUCAAAGUAAGAUUGCCUGAAGUAUCAGCUUCUGACUUUGCUAUAAGGCAAUUGUUGCAAUUGUUUGAAUGUUGAUUGUAGAGUGAGGUACGCAAUGGGAAGUCCAUUACAAUAUAUACUCACACAUAUAUAUAUAUAUAUAUAUAUAUAUUUAUUGUGUGUAUGUAUUUUAAAAGUGAAUUAAUGGACUCACACCCAUUGUAGUCUGUUUGUAAUGUAUGAUUGUGUCUAUUAAUAUUGUUUUUCCUGGACAUGUAAUAUGUCUACUCUCCUACUAUCCAGAAACCAUAUACUAUCUUUUAGAAUACUUUUUCUGUUGUUAUAGACUUUUUUUUUUUUUCUUUAUAAUAUUUAGGUAGCUACACACCAUAUCCAGGGGGUCCCUUCUCAGCGCUCACAGCCAGCAUGUGGCCACAGGACAUACUAGCGAAGUACACACAGGUAAGGUGAAAUUUAUUCUAAUAAGAUGAACACUAGAAAUACUAUAUAAAUCCUGUUGGAUAGGGGGAAAAAUUUACCAAUAUUUUUUUCUGAAGUUCAGUCUAUUGCAUCAUAUUCAUUAUAGAAAUAUGGCUAAAUGGGUUAUAAAACACUGGUAUCUCUGAUGUAUGAUAUUUUUAUCACAUUGCCAGUAGUUCAUGCUGCCCUGCGGUUUUUAUUAUUUUUGAAAGUGAAAAGUCCAUGUUAAUAUUUUGUGGCCCACGACAUUUAGAAAUCAUUUAAGUCCUCAUGUUCUUAAGCAAUUUAAAUUUAACUUAUCUCUGUAUACAAAAGGCACUUCCUUUUAUAAAUGUAUAAUAGAUGUAAAUAGGUAUGAAACAUGGGGAUUGUUGACUUUGCAGGUCUGUUUAAAUAAUAACCAUUGUUUUGUCCACUAUUCAGAAGGAGCAAUCUGUGGAACAGCCAGAAUUCCGCUAUGAUGAAUUUGGUUUCAGAGUGGACAAAGAAGGUUCGUGUUUGGUCAGGCUAUUGCCCUUGUUGUGAAAUGGCAUAGCAAUGCAACAGUAUAGCAAAAUGUUUCAGUAUUUCAAGCAGCAAUAUAUAUAAUUAUUGCAAAUUUUACUUAGAGAUCUAUUUACGCAUUUUUAAAUGAUUAAAAUCAGAAGUAGUGCCCCGGGCGGGGCCGGGCCGCCGAGCCGACUGGAAGCCAUCAGCUCUGGCUCCAGCUCUAAGCCCGGAGAAAUGACAUAAAAAGUCGGUACCAACCGCACCAAAGUUGGAUCCUCCAACACCAUUCAACGGAGAAGGACUUCAGCUUUAAUCAGAUACCUGGAAGAAGCAUACCGCACCGAAAUAGACACUCGCGGCCUAAUAGCCAUACGCCUAUAUACAUGCAGCCGUUGAGUGCACCCUGAAGACCAGGAGACAAGUCCUCACGGAACACCAAGGGGGGAGACAGACACCUCCUGUGAGACACCUGCACAUAUGGCACACUGCCCGGGCUCGGGCCCGGCCCCGCUCCCCCCCCUGGCGGGUGGGGGUUAUCCCGGCCACAUGGCGGCGGCCUACACAGCGGCGGGAGGUCCCGCGCCUGUCCCAAGCCUGCCUCCUGCACUAGCAAAGGCUGCCCGAAGCACAGCCAGCUAGCGGACACGCAAGCUGCCACGGAGAAGAGCCUGCACUAACAUGAGGAGGCACUCUCACGCUGCUGUGGGGACCCUGGUGACUGCGGCCCUUCAGAAAGACCCCUGGGCCCCUGACCCCCGAGAGAGGUGAUGGACCCUGCCUUUGGGUUUGGGGGUGACCCAGAGGAGACCGGCCCCCGACGCUGUGAGUCCUGUGGGAUGGAGGUGCAUCAACCCUUCCGGUGUACCGGUCGCCGUGGGGAGGACGCCCAGUUCCAAGUAUGUGGCCGGCGCUCAGCGGAGCAAGGGAUUCCAUGUACCUCACGGAAGCACAUGUGGUGCUGGGGAGGUGCAGGAGCCGGUCGGAACAUGGAUUCUUGGUGGGGGGGUCUAAUGGACUGAUUCGGACUCUGAGUGCCCACAGUGCCACAGGGCGCCAUGCGGGAAGGCUGGACAUAGCCUGGGGAGGUCGGACGGAGGAUUGACGGCCACGGGGGGCCCAAGGCGGCUGGAGUGGGAGUGACUCCCGCCUACUACAGCAGACAUAGCAUCACUCACUCCAUAACACGCAGCAAUACUACCUAUUUAGGCUGAUAUGUUACAUAUAGUCAUCUGAGAUUAAAAUACCAAAGGAAUGCACAGUUAAUGCUAAAAUGCCCAUAGGGGCCAACUGAUGCAUAUUUAAUUGCGGACUGCUGCAUGACAGACUGUACAGUCGCUUAUCACUGUAAAUCCGAUAUCCCAAAUAGCUUUGUUAAAUAAUAAGGCAGCAAACUAAAACAAAUAUGCUCAUUAUGCUGAAAGUUGAAAAAGUUUUUGUCCUGCUUUGCAUUACCCCCUGAGGCGUUGGUUCACAGUUAUUGCCUAAUGUUUAUUACACUAUAACCUGUAUAAAGCUAGCCCAUAGCGAGGACCUGCUUCGAUUAAAUACCUGAGCUACAUGGGCGCAAAAUAGUUAGGUUUAAUCACCUGCAUUGCCGUUACUCAUACGACACUUAUUGUGGCUUCUAUGGGACGCGCCAUCCGCGGGCUAAUUCGAAUAAAUAAAUACAGUCACCCGCGCACGGCACCUUAUACAGGCUAUUACAUGCUUGCUAAAAUACACACAGCUCAAUGUAUUGUUGCUAGAUAUUAUUGACGCAUAGCCACUGUCUGCUGAUUUGUCGAUUUAAUGUACUGCUCUGGAACAUACAGAUGACUGAUAUUGUGUGGUACAACUAUAAUCAGCCUCUGCGCAGGCACAUAUGCAACUAUGAUUUUAUAUAACACUGAGCCUCUGCGCAGGCAACCUUAUAUUGAUUCUCGCUUCUCACACUAUGCAUGCAAUUUUACUGCAAAAACAAUAAAAACCAUUUAAAACAGAAGUAGUGCCCCUAUAAACAAAGAAAUAAAAUAAAGACAUAAAGCACUGACUGUGAGCUAGCAAAAUAAAUAAUAUGCAGCAAUGCUAGAAAAUAAACUGAUAAAAUACAUUUCUAGAGUCAAUGAGAUUGCGAGAUUUGGCAGACAGAACCACACUGCCCAUGACUUUCAAGGUACAUCUUCAUCCGAUUCCCAAUCCCUUUUCCCAUUGCAACAAAGUCCGUGCCGAGCCCAGGGGUUCUCACAGCACGCAACCUCUCUGCUUGAUCCAUUUUUAUAUCUCCGAAUUUUUCCGAAUUCAAAGAAAAAUAAGCCACCAGAAAAAAUAUUGGUAUGGUUGAAGUUCUCCAAAUUUGUCUCAAAUGAGAAAUUUACUUUGAAUGGCUGACCAUUUACUUUAGUGAAUAUCACUGUAUAACUAGGUUUCUAUUUGCAUUUUUAGUUUCCUCUUUCUUUAAUGCUUACAACCAUCCCCAGUCAAUCCACAUAUAGUCAUACAUUGCUCCCUGUUUUAUAUCUCUCUGUUUUCAACUGUGUCUUUUUGUUGUUGCAGAUGGUGCGGAGCCUAAUUCCAGCAAGCUUUUGAGUAUCCCACUCACAGAGGACCCUCAGCAGAGAUUAAAGUGGCAAGCCCACCUUGAAUUCACUCACAAUCAUGAUGUGGGGGACCUAACAUGGGAUAAGAUUGAUGUUACCCUCCCGCAUUCAGACAAGCUGCGCUCACUUGUACUAACUGGAAUCCCCCACAGUAUGAGACCGCAGGUAUUGCAUGUGCCAUGGGUUGGGCAUCCGUCAAAAUGGAUUAAAGUUACUUGAUAGUAAAACAUUUGAAACUUUAGUGUCACACAAUACAACAGAGAAUUUGAAGAAGUUUGAGCUGGACCUAAGCUAUUCUUAUUCCAGACCUUGUUAAAGUUCAUAAUAUUAGCAUGUGUUCUCUUUGGUGUGCCAUUACUAUGGUGGUCUCUUGUAGCAGUCAAUACUAAACUAUGCAGACUUCUAUUUUUUUUUUUUUUUUUUUGUACUGAAUCUCACAUUAUGGCUGGCCGAGUCACAAACUGCAGGGUCAAAUACAUUGGGCGUUUAAUCGCUUGUUUUUAUUGUAUUUAUUUUUUAUCUUUAUUUUUAUGUAGUACAUUAUUUCCCCCCUCUUAGCCUGGAGAAUUUUAGUUUAGUAAUAGUCCAUUCCAGAGUAGACUUAUAAUGUAGUCAGAAGCUAAGUAAUUUACAACCCCUAUAAUACAUUAGAAUUGAGUUUUCUGAAACGUUCCGGCUGAGUGUACGGGUGGGCUUUAGGGAAUAAGUUUGGAUAGAGUGUAAUUGAGAUCGAUGAAUUGACUAAACUGCUACUUGAAAAGUCAACUGCAAUGACUUAAUAUCACAUAUAUCAAACCACCAUAGCAUAAAUAUAAAAAAUAUCAAAUUGUAAUAAGUUAAAAAAGGGAUUGUAUAAGACUGUCCUUAGACCUUCUGUCUAGUCCAUAAGGAAUCCAAAUGUAAGUCUGAGCUCUGUACCAGGAUUCUGUCUUGUGUAUCAGUCUUACUUUUUGUUGCCUAAUCUGUCUAACAAUUCUAAUCUAGAAGCCUACUUAACAAAGAAAAGACUGCUUUCACUGCUGAAACACAUUCUAACACUCCAUGGCAGUUUAGUUCAAUCACAAUUGUAAGGCUACUAGUGGAUGUUGCAGGUCAAUCUUAACUUCAUUUCCAAACUCUGGAUAUUGGUGGUAUAAUUUAAAAUUACAUACACAAACAGUGGCAGGUCAAAACAUUUGUGUAAGGUACCCUUACUUCUGUCACCAAGUUGCAGAUAAAAACAUAUAUUGUAAGUGCAGGACUUAUAACGAACAGUGGAGCACUGUUUUGGAAGGAAUAUCUUGCCGUCUUGCAAUAGUGAUAUGUGACGUCAAAGCAGCAAUAUAUAAUAUGUUUUUAAUCUUAAAGUCUGGAUAUUGUCUGCCAUGCAACUAAACCAGGUGGAGGUUUAACUGGUUUGCAUCAUUUAGAAAGAAAAAAUACACUAAUUUGCUUUUCAAUGCGAUUUCUUCCCUAGCUAUGGAUGCGACUUGCUGGUGCCCUGCAGAAGAAGAGGAAUUCAGACAUGACAUACAGAGAUAUCGUGAGGAACAGUUCAAAUGAUGAAAAUCUGUCCGCCAAACAGGUAACUGGAUGGGUGACUAAGGAAUAUCCGUUUGAUUGUUGUUUUGUUUGUUUGUUUGUUUUUGUUUUUGUUUUUGUUUUUUAGGAGUUCAUAGUGAAUUUCAAAUUUAAGCCCAAGAAAGUUGGAGUCGCUGUCUAUAGAAUGAAUAUUUUGGCAUAAACCUUAAAAUUCGCUUGGCAUUUAUGGCUCUUUUUGCAUUUUCUACAAUGUAAAGUUUUACAAGGAGUAAUAAAUAUCUGGGUGAUUGGAGUUUGCUUGUAUAAGUGAAGAAUUAUAGAGUUUGCCAUCCUUUUGACUAUCGUAGAUUCCACAUUUCAUGACUAAACAAGUUCUGUUUAUUCUGUUUGUUUCAGAUUGAAAAAGACUUGCUUCGUACUAUGCCCAGCAAUGCUUGUUUCUCCAACUUACAAAGUGUAGGCGUUCCUCGCCUCAGGCGAGUCCUACGUGGACUGGCAUGGUUCUAUCCUGAUAUUGGAUAUUGCCAGGGUACAGGCAUGGUAAGUCUGAUAAAAUGCAUUGAAAACAAGCGUUAAACUUGUUCUUUCAUUUUUUUUUUUUUUUGUAAAUAUGUUUUUAUUUCGGUUUAUAUUGUCGAGAAUUAGUCACAUUGAGACUCGCAGGUCUCCGUAAGCCUUUAGGGCACAAUAACCAAAAUACAACAUGUGCAUAGCUUUUUUAUAUCAGCCAACCGGGCGCGCAGGCCCACAAUUGCUGUGGACUCGCAGGUCCCUUACAGCAUGCUGUUCUUGUCCCUAAGCUGAUGUGACGUUUGCAUUCAGUUGCCCCGUUUGUUAAGUCUCAUUAUGCAAACUUCAGUGUGGACUCGCAGGUCCACUUAGGGUGGGACAUGAGCAGCCUUUGGAAAGGAAUGACGGUCUGCAAAACCAGCAUUGGUGACGUGCCGGUCACCAUGUAGUGGGUGUUAUAGUUGGGUGUCGGGCCCGUGAGUCGCGUGGCAGUAAGGCGGUCAGGUAUUACCUCUAGUAAACGCUGAGGUGUCAGGGUGGGUCCGCUGGCCCCUAUGAGCCCAGUGUUAAGUCCCGUGGCCUGUUCUGGAGAACGUGCUUGUGGGUGUCAUAUGUUCUGUUGUCCCCUCAUGGAGGAGUGAGCGUCUUCCCGGAGGCCUUAUAAAUCUCCUCUUAUGUUGUCAUUGGCGUAUGUCAAGUGCCUGUCUAUUCGCACUCAGUGUUUGGGAUUGGGGCGAUGUCCGGGUAGUGGCGUCUGGGGAGGUGGGGGGGUCGGGGUGCGUCCGCGUCUGGGUCACGUCUGUCGAGGUCGUCUCUGUAUUUGUCGGUCUAUGCGGCUUCGUCACUUUGUCCUUAUGUGCCAUAUUGGAGCCUGGUUGUGAAUUCUGCCUUGGUAGUAGUCAGUAUCCAGUGGGUUCAUAUGUCCGUGUACCUAUUCAAGGAGUUGGGUGUGGUCAUAAUGAGUUCCUCUAUGGCUCUGAGUUCCUCCAUUUGGGAGAAUCAGCAUGUCAACGGGGGUGUUGUUUGUUGCUUCCAGAAUUGAGGGAUCACCUGUUUGGCAACGUUUAGGAUUCUAAUGGUUAGUGAGUGCUUGUAUCUUGUUCUAGGUGACUUUGUAUGGUGAAGGAGCAUGUGUUCUGGGAGGAAGGGGGGUGGCGUGUCUGAGAAGGUUUUGAGAAAGCCGUGUAUACCCCGCCAGAAGGGCUUUAUGGCUUCGCAGGCCCACCAAAGGUGGAGUACUGUGCCGGCCUCUUUAUUACACCUCCAGCAGAGAUCCGUGUUUUCCGGGUCCAUGGCAUGGAGUGCAAUCGGGGUGCAAUCGGGGUGCGGUACCAGUUCAUUAACAAUUUAAACGCCGUUUCUUGUGUUUUGCUGAAGACUGAGCAGUGAUGCGUUAAGUAGCAUAUCUUUUCCCAGUCCCCGUCUGUGAAAGUUUUCCCCAAUGUUUGUUCCCAUCUCCCCAUGAAUUUGGGUUUCUCCGUUGGUGUUUCCCUUUGUAGCAUGGAGUAAAUGAGUGAGAUCCCGUGUGGUUGCGGGUCUGGGUCCAUGCACAUUCUUUCAAGUGUGGUAGGAUCACGUUUCCGUGCCGUGCCCCCCGGGAGGGUGUGUACGUAGCUCUGUAGCUGUCUGUGUUUUAGGUGGUGCAGGAGGGUGGGGGUUGCUCCCUCUAAUAGGGUCGGGAGUGUUUUGCAUUCCGUGCCUUCCAGGAGGUGGUGUAGUCUGGGUAGUUAAUGUCGGAUUAAGUCCCUGAAUGCGUUGGGGUCUAGCCCCGGUGGGAAGCUGUUGUUAUGCGUGAGAGGGAGAAGAGGGGAUGGGAAUGGCGCUAGUCUGCAUAUCUGCGCUACUCUCUCCCAUGCCCGUAGGGUUGCGGUUGUACAGGGUGUGCCCUGUCUCCCGCUCCCUCCCCUCCCCGCCAUGGGACGAUGGACAGCGGUAUCCCCGCAUCCGUUUCCUCUGCCUCUUUCCAUCUCUUAUGCACCUUCUCUUUUGUCCACUCCAUAAUUCGUUGGAGGUGACAGGAUUCGUAGUACAGGGAGAAGUCUGGUAUGGCCAGUCCCCCCCUGUCCUUGGGCAGCGUCAGUGUGGCUAGUUUGACCCUCGGUCUUUUGCGGUCCCAAAUAUAUUUCCCGGUUUCCUGUCGCAGGGCCUGAAAGAAUGAUCUGGGGAUGGUAAUGGGUAGGGCUUGCAUGAGGUAUAGUAGGCGUGGGAGCAGGUUCAUUUUUAUAACCUGGACCCUGCUAGGCCAGGAUAUGUGUGGGUAUGCCCAAUCCUACAGGUCUUUACGGAACCUGUUUAGUAGGGGGAUGAAGUUGUGUCUGAAUAGAUCAGGUUCCCUCCUCGUCAGCCAUGUGCCUAGGUAUUGUAUUUGAUGUUGUGCCCAUUGGAAUGUGUGGCUCUGCUUUAAGGGGGCGGCUCUGUGUUCUGGUAUACUAACGUUCAAGAUGUAUGAUUUUGUGAAGUUGAUCUUGAGGUUGGAUAUCUCCCCAAAGGUCCUGAAGGCCUUCAGGAUAUUCGGGAGCGAGACCUCCGGGUUAGUGAUAAAGAAGAGGAGGUCAUCGGCGUAUGCCGCGACUUUGUGUUGUGUGUCUCCAUGUCCAAUGCCCCUGAUUGCUGCGUCCUGUCGUAUGUGCGUCAGGAAGGGUUCGAGUGUCAGCACAAAAAGCAGGGGUGAUAAGGGGCACCCCUGCCGCGUGCCGUUGGUGAUGGGGAAGUCACUCGUCAGGGCUCCGUUUACUAUAAUGUGGGCGGUGGGCCCGUCGUACAGCGCCUCGACCCAUCUCCGGAAGUGCGGUCCCAGCCCAGUGUGGGCCAGUGUGUGGUACAUGUAUUGCCAGUCGACUCUGUCGAAGGCCUUCUCUGCGUCCGUGGACAGCAGUAGAACGCCCUCGUCCCCGCAAUUACGUCUGUGCAUGAGCGUCAGUGCCCUGAUCGUGUUCUCUCGCUUCGCGGCCCAUGACGAAGCCAACCUGGUCUGGAUGUAUUAAAGUGGGGAUGUGUGUCUGGAGGCGUGUGGCCAGUAUCUUUGCCAACAGUUUGACGUCGCAGUUGAUAAGUGAGAUGGGCCUGUAGUUCCCACAAUGUUCCCUGUCCUUACCUUCCUUCGGGAUGAGUGCGAUGUGUGCGGUCAGUGACUGUUUUGGCAGGUGGUGUCCUUCCCUUAGUGCGUUCAGGGCGUCUAGGAGAGGGGGGUAUAGGUGUUCCGCGAACGUUUUAUAAUACUUUAAUGGGAGCCCGUCUGGCCCGGGGCUUUUACCUAGUUUCGUCACUUUAAUGGCGUAAGCUAGUUCCUCUAUCGAAAUUGGUUCGUCUAGGCUUUCUGCGGUUUCCUGGUCUAUGGACGGGAGGGGGUGGGCUGACAGGUAGGCUUGUAUUUUCCCCCGCAGGCUGUCCCUCGCUCUGUCUAGGGGGGGCCGAGGGAGGGCAUACAGGUUCGCGUAGUAAUCCCGCGUUAUGUUGAGGAUUUUAGAGGGUAGGUGGUGUAGGGUGCCCUGCCCGUCCAUCAUUUUAUCGAUGUACGUCCUUUGUUUCUGUUUGGCUAACAUUCUGGCCAGUAGCUUACCGCUUUUAUUGCCGUGAAGUAAGAAGAAGGCCCUAUGUCUGGUUACGUCUCUGUGGUGUUUCCUAUGUAAGAGACUCGUCAGGUCCCGCCUGAGUUGUAGUAGUGUCGCCUGGUGUGCCGUUUGUUGGGUGUUUUUGUUGAGUGUUUCCACCCUGUGUAUUUCGGCCAGUAGGUCAGUCAGACGGCUGUCGGUCUGCUUUUUAAGGGUGGACCCCUGGCGGAUGAAGUGUCCUCGUAUCACGCUCUUGUGUGCCUCCCAUCUAAUGGUCGGCGAGGUGUGUUCGGUUGUGUUCGUCUCAAAGUAUUCUUUGAGUGUAUUGUUAAUCUCGGACGUGAAGUCGGGCCUAGUAAGGAGUUAUUCGUUAAGCCUCCAUUUGUUGUGCCGGGGUCUGUACAGGGGGGACGAGAGUGUUAGGGUUACCGGCGCGUGGUCUGACCAUGUCGCCACCCCAUGUUCUGCAGCGUUAGUUAUUGGUAGAUGGUAGUGCGUGGUGAGAAGGUAGUCUAGCCUGGUGUAAGUGUUGUGCACGUGGGAGAAAAACGUAUAAUCUCUCUCGUCCGGGUGAUAGGCCCUCCAGCAAUCUAUCAGCUGGUGGCGAGUUAGAAGGGUCUUGAUUGAGUUUAGGUUUUGCGCCGGGACCCACGAUCGUCCGGCGGAGGUGUCCCACCGCGGAUUGAGCGCUACGUUUAGGUCACCCCCCACUAUGAGGAUUCCCUCCGUGAAGGGCCUUAGUUUCCUAAGUGUGUGUGCCAGGAAUCUGUAUUGUCGGGUGUUCGGGACGUAGAGGUUUACGAAUGUAUAGGCCUGUCCUGCUAUUGUGCCCUUGAGGAAGAGGAAUCUGCCCUCCCUGUCCGUCAGCUGUCCCGUUUCUACAAAAGGUAUAUUUUUGUGAACUAGAAUGGCCGUGCCUCUGGACCUCCCUGCGUGGUAGUCACUGUAGUAUCCCGUGGGGUAGUGAUGGUUUGUCAGUUUGGGCCUGGACCCGUCCUUGAAGUGUGUCUCCUGUAUUAAUACUAUCGAGGCUCGUUUAGCAUGGAAGUCUCUCAGCGCUCCUGAGCGCUUCUCCGGUUUAUUGAGACCUCUGGCGUUUAUGGAGAGGACAGAGAGACAGUCCGGCACCAGUGCCUUCGUGUCUGUGUGUGAGUGUGGCCGCAUCGUGUCGUCCUUGGGUCCCUGUCCGGUCAAGGGAUCUGUACGCGUCUGUGUCCUGUCUGUGUCGUAGGUCGGGUGGGGGUUGUAGGAAGAGAAGAAAAAGAAGGAAAGGGGGGGGAGGGGGAUGCGGGUUGUAUGGGGUGUGGGUGUGCGUAUCCUUGUCACUGUAAGGUGACAGUGAGAUGUCAGCGACGGGGAGCGGUUUAGCCAGCGGCCACCUGUGGUCCGCGGCUGCUGCUCGCCUGUCUGUGUCGCUGGGUCCUUUGGGGCAGUAGAAGGAAGCUAAGGGACUUUGGGUGGAACCAGUCCUCCCUGCGUCCGUGCGUAUGUCGGUGGUAGAUGUGUACCUGAGUUGUCUCGGUCCGUUUGGUCCGUGUAGUCCCCCUGUCGGCUCUAUCUGUCAGGUUCUGGUCGUUAUGAACGUCCUCCUCGGUAAAGUUCCUGUGUGUUGGGCUCCGGGUCAUAGGUCAAGCCGCCUUCUCAGGCGCCUGUCAUGUACGUAGGCAAAGAAGAAUUAGUUAACAAAACAAUUUUGCAUUUAAACUUAAUAAACCUUUUCUUAGGACUAAACUUUAAACUGUGAACUUGGUUGUGGCAUGCAGCUGCCGGCUUUAUAACCUGAUUGCGUACCAAGCUGUGCACCUAACCUUCGCUCCCGUACCUCCCCCUCUCUGGCACCUGUGGCGGGUCCCUCUGCCCCUCCAGGGAUGGUUCGGGUCGUCCCCUACCGGCCCUCCUCUCAGGUGCCCCUCUCCCUCUAACCCGUGCCCGGGCCCCUCUUCAGCGUGUCCCCCUCACCCUUCGUCCGUGUGCGAGUGGGACCCCCCGGUGGUGCCCGCCCCCUGCUCGGUUGGGUCAUCGCAGGGCGGUCAGGGCCCCAGCGGCGGGCCCCAGUCCUAGAGGUGCCCCGGGAUUUACCUCUCCCCCCCCCCUCGGGUCAGCCUUGGUGAAUGCGCCUGGGCGGGGGUCGCUGCCCCCCUGGGGUUGGUCCCUACGCUAUGGUUUCGGUCCCUAGAUGUGACCCCCUCCAGCCGGCUCCCCCCUUCCCCCGGUAACCCCGGUGGUGUCAAGCAAUGUGUAGCCCGUCUGUUGUACCAUGGAUGCUAACUCGUUUGCGUGCUCGGGGGCGAGUAACUUCCCCUGUGGGUAGGGGCUCGUCUGGUAGGCAUGUGCGUGUUGCCCUAUGGCAGUGUCUAGCUGAGCAGGUAGCUUCACCCUCUGACUGCCUUCAGUGACGUGCUCCCCUUGCGCUUGUUCUUUCUUUUUUAAUCAUUGCCUGUCCCUUCAUUGACAGGUGGCCGCCUGUUUGCUGCUUUUCUUAGAGGAAGAAGAUACGUUUUGGAUGAUGAGUGCUAUUACAGAAGACUUGGUUCCAGCCUCUUAUUUUAAUAACACCCUGGAUGGAGUGCAAACAGACCAGCGGGUGUUGCGUCACCUUAUUGUGCAGUAUCUUCCACGCCUGGACAAGCUGCUACAAGAACACGACAUUGGUAAGGAUUAUUAUAUGAUCACGGACUAUUAAGGAUACUACUUUUCUUUGGGAAAAUGCUCAAACCUGACACUUGUCAUGCAGUCCUUCGAAUCAUGGCAAAAUGUGUUUGUGUAUGACGGUUUUCAUGAGUUUCCUUUAUCUGCUUUUGUUGUAUUUUGCCUUCAGUGUUCUAACAUAACGUACAUUGUCUUCUCUCUCCAUAUACAGAGCUGUCUCUCAUCACUCUCCACUGGUUCCUCACUGCGUUUGCUAGUGUUGUGCAUAUUAAGCUGCUGUUAAGAGUUUGGGAUUUAUUCUUCUAUCAGGGAUCUCUGGUUCUAUUUCAGACUACAUUGGGAAUGCUGAAAAUGAAGGUAAGAGCAACACUGACCACUUUUGUACAUUUUGUUUUCUUAAGAGCUUCAUGUAGAUCUCCAGGGAUCCAUCUGCAUCUCUCAGUUCCUGUGUAUCUAAUAAUAGAAAAAGAAUUACUCCUUGUUGUAAAACUGUGUAACUAAUAGCAUGUAGCAUUGAAUGAAUUGAUAAGAGGUUCCUAACAUUCAUAGGGUCUUUUCACUAAAACAAAAAAAAGCUAGAUAUUGGUGAACUGAUUUUACUAAAAUACACAAGUUGGAUAAAAUCUCCAUUAUAAGGUUUUUGGUUUUUUUCUCUCUCUGAAGGUUUGAAUACAAUCAAUACAAUUUGCUGUUUAGUGAAUAAACACCCUACAUGUACAUUGUUUGUUUGGAGCUUUAUUAUAACCUGAGUGAAUUGUUUUAAUACGACAUUACCUCUUCACCUGUGUUCAAGGAGGAAGAGCUAAUUCAGUCUGAAAACUCUGCAUCCAUCUUCAAUACUCUGUCAGACAUCCCAUCGCAGAUAGAAGAUGCAGAUGUUCUGCUGCGAGAGGCCAUGAUGAUUGCAGGGACUCUUACAGAGGUCAUGAUUGAGGCUCAGAGACGCAAACAUCUGGCAUACCUCUAUGCUGAUCCGGGACAGAUGCACAAUUCAAAAGUCUCCAAGGUAAAAAAAGUCACUUUUGUGUGUGUGAUGGAAAAAUGCAUCCAUGUAACCAGAAUAUUGUCUAUUUAUAUGAACUAUGAACAAUGUCCACUUUAAAAUCUAUCCAUUUGCUAUCAAUUUGAUAUGAAAUGUGUGUGUACCACUUUAAAGACCAUUUAAUUUCUAUAAUUUGCUUACCGUUAUGCACUGUAUAAAAGCAAUGAAAAAAGGGGAGGACCUCAGAAACUACGUAUAUUUCUGUUCUGAUCAUAUUCAGUUUGAGAUGAUACUUAAAGCACUGUAUUUAUCACUCCCUUUUGUAUUUGGUCAGAUUACAAGAAGACCAAGUCAGCGCAGAAAAUCGGGGAUAUCCACGUUAUUGUUUGGUAAGUAAUUACCGGUACUUUACACACCACACACAAAGUAGCUUCUCAUCUACAUUAUUUUCUGAGUUAUAGAAAUCCCUUCACAUAUAUUUUUUUAUGAAAUAUUUGAGGGUAAUUACCUCAUAUUUACCUUUUAAUUAAUUGGAUUGUAAGAUCGUUCAAACAGGGUCCCCAUCAAUCUGUUGUUCCUGUCAUGGGCCCAGAUUUAAUAUUUUUGGAUAAGCUUUUCAAAUUUUCAAAUGGUUUAAUGGUAAAUGGUUUGAACGUUUAUUUUAGCAGAAACUUAAAAAAAUUUUUAUUUUGAUAUUUUUUAUAUAUAUAUAUAUAUAUAUAUAUAAUAUAAUAUAGAGAGAGAGAGAGUAUAAAAAUGGAGAACAAAUCUUUGUUCUUCAAUACACAAUUAAAAAUCCCUGUGGAGUGCUCCAUUUCUUUACUUCUUAUUUAUGUGCUUCUAUAUACAAUUUUGUUGGUGAGUGCCAGAGAUUGGAGAUAUAUAUUAUUGAAAAGCUAAUCUGGAAUUGAGGCCAAAGUUUGUAAUAGUUUGCUUCCUCUGUUAUUAUAUUCUUCCCUUUAUCUUGAAGAACGCUAUUACCCUGCCCAGAUGUAAUUUUACUCCAAUACAUUAUGCAAAAGUAGAGUUUUAAAUAACAAAGCUCUUGGCUACAUAAAAAUCUAUGUAUUCCUCACAACAACUUGUUGUAUUGAUCCAAUUGCUUGUAUUUUGCAGGUGAAGAUGAUAUCGAGGCCCUAAAAUCCAAGAAUAUCAAACAGACUGCUCUGGUAGCAGAUUUACGGGAGGCGAUCCUGCAAGUUGCUCGCCAUUUUCAAUGCACAGAUCCCAAAAACUGUAACAUUGUAAGUUAUUCCAAUAUCUGCAUGCCCCAGAUGUCUGCCAGGGUCAUUGAGUAAACAUCUUAUAAUAGUCAUUAAUUGUUUAGCCACUGACUGAGAUAGAGAAUAUAUAUUAUCCAGUAUUAAAUGCUUCUUUCUUCUCUUUUCUUUUUUUUUACCUCUUUAAUAACGGUUUCUGAACACUCUGGAACUAACACAACUUAAGUGUAUUUGAUAGUUUUUUGACUUCUACUCAUCACAUUCAAAGGUCGGCUGAAAAUAAAAGUUGUAUAAUGACUAAUUGUUUGUUUGAUAAGUGUUGGAGUGUAUUCCUUUAAGUGGAUGGUUAAAAUAUGUGUAUAACUCAAUGGAUAGUGUUGAGGAAGACUAAUAUAUAGUCUUGAAUAAUUUGUUCUUUAUCUUGAAAACAUUCUAACUUACUUGUUCCUAAAAUAGAGAAUUAGGGAAAAUACCCAUGUUUUUCAUCAAAAUCCAAGUUUGAACAGGACUCUGUUUUUGUUCCAUUUACAGGACUUGACUCCUGAUUACACGAUGGAGAGCCAUCAAAGAGACCAUGAAAACUAUGUGUCUUGCUCGAGGAGCAGGCGUCGCAGGGCUAAAGCUUUGUUGGACUUUGAGCGCCAUGAUGAUGAUGAACUGGGCUUUCGCAAGAAUGAUAUAAUAACGGUAACUUCUGGGGACCUGUGAAAGGACUAUGAUGACUCUUCUUGAGGCUUUACAUUCUUUUAAUACAUUUCUUAUAAUUUUCAGAUAAUUUCACAGAAAGAUGAGCAUUGCUGGGUAGGGGAACUUAAUGGACUACGUGGUAAGUUAAAAAUUGUCAUCCCUUUUAUCUACGAGCUGGAAGUGAAAACCAUUUUUAAACUCAUGAGAAAUACAUUCUUCUAUUUAUCAUCUGUUCUUGUCCUAUAAACCCCACUCCAGCAAGGGGGGGAUGUGGGGGUGAGGAUGCUGUUAUCUGAAUUACUAUCAGAGGGCAGGCUUAUAGCUGCAGCUAUUUUAAGCAACUGUGUGCAGGGACACAGUAGCAACGACUAUUGCAUAAUAACCUGUACAAUGAGCAUAGGUUGUUAUGGUGAUUUGAGUGACUUUUUAAUUCUCCUUCCUCUUAUCUCGUCAGACUAAUUUUACAUGUUUAUUUUGCAACUCAUAGUCCCUCUAUUUCCUUAGCGCUCUCUCCUAGUGGAUGUACUGUUUUUAGUUUCCAAGUUGGCAAGUACUCAAUUUCUGAUUUGUUCAAACAUGUGUCAAGUUCACUACCGAACAAGGCAAACAAAUUAAAAUCUUUUGAACAGACUCUCAGAAACAUAACUUAUCUUCUAAUAUAUCCUGCCUUGUAACAUACUUUUGUUAAAAACUAUGGCUGGCAGUAAUCAACUUGUAUACUCCGUUCAUAACCUCCCACACUUCUUUCUGAUCAUGGAAACAAGCCUUUUUGAUGUUAAUACCUGCUCAGCAGCAGAACGCAAUCAUUUCAAAGGUGCACUAUAGUCAGCAGAACAACAACAGCUCAUUGGAUUUGUUCUGGUGAGUAGAAUCACUUCCUUCAGGCUUUUUGCUGUAAAAACUGCUGAGGGAUACCUCUACUGGCCACUGCUCAGAUGGCUGCUAGAUGUGCUUUCUGGGUCAGUGCUGCACACUGUGCAGUACUGGCAUUCAGUGUCUCCACCCUUUGCAUGGAGACACUGAACCUUCCUCAUUGAGAUGCAUUGAUUCAUUCUCAGCCAAUCCAAUGCUUUCCUAUGUGAUUGGCUCAGACAGUCACUUCAGAUGAUGUCAGCCAUGCAGGCAGAUCAGUGGCAGAGCGAGCAGCAGCAGACUGGAAUAAAAGUAAGAUUGUACUAUAUUUAGGGGAAGAAUGGAAGUCAGGGGGGCUAGGUGGUGUUUUUAACACUAUAGAACAAUAUUACAGAUUUGUGUUGCUGACCCUAUAGUGUUCAUUUAAAUAUAGUUUAUUCACUAGUGUCUGGUCAUCUGCAAUGCAUGUGAUAUUGCAGGGUCUUCAGCCUACCGCAUAGAAGACAAUUUGAGCACAAUGCAGUGAAUUUGAGGAACUUGAAUACCGUACCUAAUUCUACUGUAAACAUAUGUUCUUGACCUAAGCAUGUUGUCCAUUGUAGAUAUUACAAAUUGUUAAUUAGCUACUUGUGAUUACCAUUAAAUGUCAUGUCCUGUUUGGAAGAGCUCUCUUUCUUCCUUGUUGUAGGUCAGCUUAGAGAUGGAUAAAUACAUAUGAAGAUUGGUUUUGCCAUUAUUUUAUUAUAAUUUUUUUAAUUUUAGAAACAGUUUGUCUAUAUUGACAUUUACAAUAUUUUCUUUACUACAAGACAUUGGUUGGUUUUUGUUUUGUUCAAGAUUCUCAUACAUUUUAAGAUGAUAACUAUGGUCAGCUGAAAGGCCCCAUGGCAGCAUCUGUGGGUGCAUCCAACUAAUCUGGUCUCACACUCUUAACAUUCUCAGAAGGGUGAAACUAAUUCACAAUAAGCAUCCCUCACUGCAGAGCAGCAUUGACUUAAAGACACUUAGCCAUGUUUAACAUUUUGUAACCCCUUUUCAUCUGCAAAUUAUCUAUUACAUCCUUUUAUUGCUAGCCACAUGACAAAUAUAUACAUAUUGUAAGUAUAGUGAAAUAUAAUGUAUUCAGGCCUCAAAAUUUCCACUAGCCAUUGGUAAAUAGAAAUUCAUGCCCCAUUGAGUGUGCAUUGGACCCUUCAGGCUUGUAGUGGAGACUAACUUUUAAGGCCUCGCCAGUAGUAUAGGACUUAACAUUUUAAACCCUGUGUAUAUAUCUGUUAUUUGGCAAGUCCUAAAUUAAUCUACAAAUAAUUAAAUAUUUUUAUGAACUCUUUCGAUGUUAACAAAUUUGAAAUCGUUAUGGGCGUCAAUGUGCAUUGAAUUCUAAUCGUUUGAUGUUUGUUCUUUGCUAUGCAUAUUGCUUGCCUUUUAGAUACUCUUAUUUACUCACUGCUAAGAAAAUCACAUCUAAUAUCUUUUUUACAUGGGGAUAAAAAUAGAAAGUUUCUGUACAGUCAGCAAUGUUGCUAUAGAGAUAUGUUUCCAGACUUCACAUCACACAUGGUACUGGUCUGAAGUGAUAUUAUUUCAUGGGAUGCAGUGGGAAUGGCUGGCGGCUACAUCAUACCUGUGUUCAAUUUAUGCUGUUCAAUUUACUGGAACUGCUUACGUCCUAUAUAAGUUGAAGCUGUCACACCCACGGAGUUGCAAACCAACCCAUGUAUUUUGCCAUGUUAUGUAAAGGUGACCAUGCCACUUUAAUAACCCUACAGAACAUUUCUGUUCAUAGCUGUUCCUCUUUUCCAUUGCUUCCAGGUUGGUUCCCUGCAAAGUUUGUGGAGAUACUGGAUGAAAGGAGCAAAGAGGUAAAUUGAUAUCUAGAACCGGGUAAAGGAAAAGUGACGCUUAGUUCUUUUUAUGAAUAGUGCCCUGUAAACUUUUUGUAUUUUUCCCUUUUGUGCUGUGUUUUUUUCUUUUCUUUUUCUUGUAGUUUUAAGAUGAUUAAAUUGGCAAUCUUUGCACCAAACCCACUAUAUCUUAAUUUAAUGUUGUUAGUGCAUAGAUGCUGCCUCUUUACAUUUGGCUGAGGGUAUGCUUCAGUUUUUGAAGGCCUUCACAUUCUGUGUCCUCACACAUAGCACAAUUACGAAGAACACUCCUAAUGCAUAUUGCUCUUUAGAUCGGCUUGAUAAAAUAUUUCCAGACUCCCCUCCCUUGCUUUUUUGUAAACCGUGGAGUGCACACAAGCGUCAUGUUCCCGGGGUGACUGCUUGACUGUAUGGGCACAUCACGUAAACUCUGCUAUAAAGUGCAAAGGACAAGAUGAUUGGUAGCUGCAGUGCAUGACAAAUUAAGACGGCGAGCCCCAGGUCAGCCAAAGUCAUAUAUAUGUUUUAUUGUAAUAAUAAGAGAGACAAAAAAUCAUUCAAAGUUACCCCAAGUUACUGUAUAUGGCAUUGUAAGAUGCCAAUCCUUUUUUUUUUCUAGAAUUUCCUUUUUUAGCUUAGCAGCUAUUUCAUUACAAAACAUACAGCAGCAGUCUUUGUUAUUGGGUUAAUAUCCUGUAUCCAAUCAUUUGAAGGUCAAUAAGCCAUGCACGGAACAAUUAAAAAGGUUCUACUAUACAGGCAGUACAUAUAAGACAAGAUGUCAAUAGCUGAAAAGAUUGAAGGCCUUGUUUUGUUUGUUUAUACAUAAUAAAUGCCAGUGAAGUAGAAAGCCUUGGGAGGUAUUACAUAAUUUCCCAGGCAUUCAUUUCGUGAAGAUUGUUUUAACAUUGACUGACCUUUUUCCCCAUUAAUACAGUAUUCAGUCGCUGGUGAUGACUCUGUUACCGAAGGUAUUACAGACCUGGUUCGAGGAACGUUAUGCCCUAGCAUUAAGGCGAUAUUUGAGCAUGGACUAAAAAAGCCUUCUCUGUUGGGUGGUCCAUGCCACCCCUGGCUUUUUAUAGAGGAGGUAAGUUUCUUCUAACCCUAGUGCAUUGGAGUUGAUGUUUUGGUAUAUUUGUUUUGGUGAGAGGUACAGCACACAAUUGUUUUCUACCUUUUAAAAUUUUGUUUGAAUCCAUUAAUGUUUUCCUCUGCAUGAAGGAAAGUCUUACCCACCUCCAGCACUCUCAGACAAUACGUCAUACAGAACGACAAAAUUGACAUUGGUACUCAGUUGACAGUGUUAAUGCCAUAUUAUCAGUGCAUCAGAGGAGGGGACAAUCUCGAAGAGCCAUUUUAAGCAUCAGAAUUCAUGGGACAUGAACAGAGGACUAAUCCAAGCCUCACAAUUAGUCAAGAACAUCUAGGAACAUAAAAUAUUUGUAAAAAGAUAGUGUCCAAUGACUUCAAUAGGUUUCUGUGAAGUCUCACUGGACUCUCCAAGAACAUCUUUCUCCUGAGUCCUGGAUCUUGCAAUAUAACCGCUGCUAACAGGAAAACUGGUUUGGCAGCUGUAAAUAUGUCACCUUCGUGCCCGGCAGACUUACCUUAUUAUAUAAUUAUUUUAAACAAAAAGUGAAUGUUUUACUCUAUCAUAUUUUAGCUGGUUAUUGGUGAAAAGCAAUAUUAUUAUAGCCUAUUCUAUAUUUCAUUUAAUCAUUGUAAUAUCUUGAUUUUAAUAUAUUUUCUUUCUUUUUUGCAUGAAGAUAAAUUUACCUUUUGCUAAAUAAUCGUGCUCCUUAGAAUUCCUUCGAACGUCUUUUAUUCUAAGCAUGGUUACCUGGCUACAUUAGAUCAUGAGAAUACUAGAAAAGGAUACAUUGCAAACGUGUGUAACUGCAAAUGGUUGUCUCUCAAAGGAACACUAGGGCGUUUGGAAUGCAAACAUGCUACAGGUUCCUUCUAUUUAACUGACCCCAAAAAAAAAGCAAUUUAAUCCCCUUCAAAUGCUCAUUUGCUGCCGCCCCACCUCUUGGCUGAGAUCAUCAAGAUUGAUUAUCUUAACCAAUCAAAUGCUCCCCCAUAGGUCGUCCCUGCACUGCACCAAUCAAAUGCUUGUGGUUUUAUCAAUUUAAACAUUUUGUUAAAUCCUGUAAAAAUGCAUCAUUGUGUGAUCAAUAGAAACAUUGAAUGUGACGGCAGAUAAGAACCAUUCGGUCCAUCUAGUCUGCCCUAUUUUCUAAAUACUCUCAUUAGUUCCUGGCCUUAUCUUAUAGUUAGGAUAACCUUAUGCCUAUCCCACGCAUGCUUAAACUCCUUCACUGUGUUAACCUCUAUCUAUUUUUCAGUCCUGUUUAUUUAAUUUUGCUUUCCUAUUUGCCUCCAUCCCCUAUAGUUUAUCUGCUUAAUUGAUAAUUUAAAUUGUUUUUGUUAGUGUUAGUUAUUGCACUCCUAGUCCUGUCAAUUUAUGUUUAACUUACUUUCACCUAUCUGAUCUUUACCAUGCCUAGUUUGUGAUCCCCUUUUGUUCUCUCUCUAUAUUGCCUCUUUUGGCAAACUCAUUAAUUCAUUUGGAUUCCACUACCACCUGUAUGCUAAUGAUUCCCAGAUAUACCUCUCCUCUCCCUGCAGGUUGUCGGUACCUGCCUCACCCCAUCCUUUCAAGCUUGGUGUCAUUUUUGAGUAACUUCUAUCUCUUAAUUCUUCCUCUUGCUCUCUCCUAAAGAGCAACUCUCCACUCUCACCUCCAGUUCUGCCACUUAUCCACCAUGUAUAUUUGCUGUCUCCCUCUAUACCCUUCUUAUUGUGUUUUUAUACCCCACCUCUUCUAGACUGUAAGCUCGUGUGAGCAGGGCCCUCAACUACCUAUUGUUCAUGAUACAUUUUGGUAUUGUCACAUUUGGUAAAUUCCCCUCUUAUUGCAAAGCGCUCCGGUAUAAGCUGGUGCUAUAUAAUACCAAUAAUAAUAAUAAUAAUAAAAUCACUUAAUCCACUACCCUCUCAGUAAAGUAAUACUUCCUGAUAUUUUUAAACCUUUGCCCCUCUAAUUUAAGACACUGUCCUCUUGUUGUGGUAGUUUUUCUUCUUUUAAAUCUAGUCUCCUACUUUACUCUGUUGUUUCCUUUUAUGUAUUUAAAUGUUUCUAUCAUACCCCCCUCACCCCCUCCGUCUCAUCUUUCCUCCAAGCUAUACGUGUUAAGUUCCUUCAACCUUUCCUUGAAAGUUUUAUCCUACAAUCCAUGAACCAGUUUAGUAGCCCUUCUCUGAACUCUCUCUAAAGUAUCAAUAUCCUUCUGAAGAUACGGUCUCCAGUACUGCUUACAAUGCUCCAAGUGAGGUCUUCCCGCUUUCUACUGCUACCCUGUUUCCCUAGUCACUAGUUUCCCUCAACAUAAAUUUGCAGGAUUCCAUUUGCGAGUAAGCUUUGUUCGGGAAAGUUUUCCCGAACAUAGAUUUGCAGGAUUCCAUGCCCUAGUGAACUGGUCUAUGUUAAGGAGAAUUCCCCCAAAUGAAGACCUGCUUUCUAGCACAUGCUUGCUAUUGUUUCCCGCGAAAUAAGACAUCCCCCAAAAAUAAGCCCUAGUGCUUUUUUCAGGGGAAAAUAAAUAAGAUGGUAAUACUUCUCCCUAUGCAACCAAGCAUUCUGCUAGAAUUUCGUGUUGCUCUAAUGCAUUGUCUGCCUACUUUUAAGUUAGCAGAAAUAAUUACCCCUACAUCCCUUUCCUCAGAUGUUGAGGUUAGGACUCUAUCAAAUAUCCUUUACUCUGCCCUUGGGUUUUUACGUCCAACAUGCAUUAUCUUGCACUUAUCCACAUUAAAUGUCAAUUGCCACAACUCUGACCAUUUUUCUAGUUUACCUAAAUCAUUUGCCAUUUGGCUUAUCUCUCCAGGAACAUCAACCCUGUUACAUUUCUUAGUAUCAUCAGAUAAAAAACAUACCUUACCAUCAAGACUUUCUGCAAUAUCACUAAUAAAAAUAUUAAAGAGAAUGGGUCCAAGUACAGAUCCCUGAGGUACCCCACUAGUGACAAGCCCAUGCUUCAAAUAUACUCCAUUGACUUCAACCCUCUGUUGCCUGUCACUCAGCCACUGCCUAGCCCAUUUAACAAUAUUAGAAUCCAAAUUUAAAGAUUGCAGUUUAUUGAUAAGCCUUCUAUGUGCAACAGUGUCAAAAGCCUUAUGGAAAAUCUAGGUAAGCAAUGUCUACUGCACCACCAUGAUCUAUUAUUUGAGUUACCCAAUCAAAAAAAUCUCUAAGAUUAGUUUGGCAUGACAUCCCUGAAUUAAACCCAUGUUGUCUCUGAUUUUAGAUACUCAAUCCUAUACUUUAACAUGGUUUCCAUUACUUUCCCCACUACUGACGUAAGGCUUAUUGGGCUAUAGUUGCCCGACUCCUCCCUACCUUUCUUGUGAAUGGGUACAACAUUCGCUAACUUCCAAUCUUCUGGGACUAUUCCUGUUAACAAUGAUUGGUUAAAUAAAUUUGUUAAUGGUUUUGCUAGUACACCACUAAGCUCUUCUUUUAUUUUUUUGGCCUACGGCCAUACCAGUCUGAAAGUGCCUGAUCUCGUCAGAUCUCAGAAGCCAUCCAGAUUUUGGACCUGGUUAUUAAUUGUAUGGUAGACCACUAAGCUCUUUUAAUAACUUUGGGUGUAUUCCAUCAGGCCCCAUAUACUUAUUUGUCUUUACUUUUGAAAGUUGAAAUAGAACCUCUUCCUCUGUAAAUUCACAUGUAGCAAAUGACUCAAUUUUCCUUUUUCUUAACUGAGGUCCCUUUCCUUCAUUUUCAUGUUUUGGGGGGCAAUUGGAUUGAUGUUUUAUCACCCUUUUGCCCCCUUACCUCUAGUUUAACUACAUCAUAGCAAAACAUCUGAACUGCUCACUGAGAACAUUUGUUCCCUUUUCAGAAAGAUUCAAACCAUCUUUUUUUGUACAGUUAAUUUCCAUUCCAAACAGAGCUACCAUGAGAAAUGAAGCCAAAUCCUUGCUCCUGACACCAUUCACCAAGCCAGAAGUUAAAGUCCCUAAUACACGUCCGCCUGUCAUUCUAAGUGUUAUGCACAGGCAGAACUUCAGAGAAUGACAGUGUGGAAGCAACCUGCUGUGUAUCAUUGGCAAAAACACAAAAAACUUCCUUUACCUCUGAAACCUCAUUGCAAGCCAAGUCAUUUAUCCCUAGAUGGACAAGUACAUCCAAUUCCCCUUCCUGCUUUGCGUAACCAUAUUAAAAAUGUCUCCUGUCUCUUCGAGCAGUAGUUCCAGGAAGACAUCUUAUAAGGCCACUAUUGUCCUGCUCCUUACCUGUUAUGAUAGAAUCCCCCAACAACGAAUACUUUCUAUCGGGCCUCGCCUUAUCCUUUUUGUCAGUAGUUUAGCAUUAUUUCCCUGUUCAUUUAUUUAAUGAAAUUACAGUACAUCUUAUGUACGAAAUUAUCAAAGUCUUUCUUUAAUGAGCAAUAUAACUUUAUUAUUUUUUCUUUUAAUAAAUCCUGGUACACUAGCACUGCUUUUCUGACUGAUCAUUUCUUUUACCUAGGCUGCCAGCCGAGAAGUGGAGCGAGAUUUUGAUUCCGUGUACUCACGCCUUGUCUUGUGCAAGACUUACAGGUAACUAAAACAUGUCCACACAACACAGCUUUCUCAUGUAUGAUGACAGGAUUUGCUUGUUAAUGAAAACAAUGGAUUAUGCUUUGGCAAGUGUGAGGACUCUAAACCAGGUUUUGCUAAAAACUAUUUGUUACAUUGGGAGUAAGCUUUCCAUGCUUUCACCUAAUGUGCAAUAAUCCAAGGAUAAAUGAACCACAGGUUCUCCAGUAUAAAAGUCAAAAAGGGAAAAACCUGAAGUGUACUAAAGCACCUCGGGAGGGGAACGCACAUACUGUAUAGUAUGUGUCACACAUGACUUAAACCACAAAAAUAAAUGUAUUUAAUUGUUCUGGUUUAAGUAAUCUGUAAAUCAUAUUAUACAAUAAAAUGUAGCUUUUAUGUUCACUGCCUUCCCCUCCUGAAGUGCCUUAGUACACUUCAGGUGUUUCCUGUUUUGAUUAUAUGAGUGUUGAUUGUAGUAGGGUUAUCCCCUUUUAUUCAGGGAAGUGCAGUUACAUAGGAUAGUUUAAAGUGUACCUGUCAUGUAGCACACAAGUUGGUUUAAAUUAAAUGCAUGAAACGUGGUGCUAGUUGAAAUGCUAGCAAAUGUAUAGAUUAUCAUUAAACACUCUUUAAAAAUUCUGCCCCUCCCUGUGUCAAUUAAUCUUGGGUAUAGACCUUUUGGUACCGGUGGCAUUCGAUCUAAGCUGAGGAUUGUGUGACGUGAGGAGCAGGAGAACCAUUCUACUGGUGGUUCUCAUUCUUCCUCUCACAUAUAUUCCUGAAAUGCAGAUUGUAACAAAAUAUUUUCCAUGUUGCUUAUGUUUGAUAAAAGCACUGAAAUGUUGGACUUGGGUCUUGAUUUAAUAAGCUUUUCAAAUGAUUCAAUAUGGAUAUAAACUUGGUACAAAUCAUGGAAAUGUGUAGUUAAUAGAAAAAUUAAUAUAUAUGCAGUCAAUAUAGAUAUUUUAAUGAUCUGAGGCAUAUGCCAGUGAUUAUAAGCGUGUUAAAAUACAAGCAAGCUAGGUCCGUAGAGGCACAAAAGACAUAGAAAAACAUUUGAAUAAAAAUCAUGGAAUUCGGUUAAAGAAUUUAGGAAUAUGAUUAAUUAAUAGACAACCACUACGAGUAUAAGAUAAGCUAGGAACAUUUGACACUUAAUGAAUUUCAUAGUGAGACGUUCGAAAUCUUAGAAUUGCUUGUCUCAAGAGCAAACCGUAUAGAGUCCAAGCCUGCCACCCCUGUCUGCUGGUUGUACAGAGAUCGUGUGUUCAGCUACACAACUACAUGCGGAUUCCGUGUGUUCAGCUACACAACUACAUGCGGAUUCUGUGUGUUCAGAUACACAACUACAUGCGGAUAGCGUGUGUUCAUUUACACAACUACAUAAAAGUCUGCAUUCACAUUCAGUAAUAUCAAAUACACCAUUUCAUUUACAACACAGUCCUAGAGAACAAACGAUAGGCUUUGUAUAAUAUUGCCGAUGUUUAUAUCCGUAUCUUAGUUUGUCAAUUUGCAUUUGACCUUUUACAGGUUAGAUGAAGACGGGAAAGUGUUGACCCCAGAAGAAUUACUUUAUCGGGUGAGUGUUUUUAUCAAUUCAUUGAUUAUAUAUUUUCUAGACACAAAACAAUCAUAAGCUGGUUAGUCAAUGUAUUCCCCUAUAUUCUAUAGUUAUCCACUGGUAUCCAUUAAAUGAUCUUAUACAUGCAUACCUUUAUACAUCUAUCCAUGGUGUAUAGGCCAUUUCCCAGCAAGGUGGAGAUAAAUGAAGCAUGCGUUUGUGCUUGCAUAUUGUUUUUAUUUAUUUAUUAAUUCUUUAUUUUGGUUGUGCAUGGAUGGUACAUGAUGGCAUUGCAUACUGUUAAGCAACAUAAACAAUUGUGAACGUGUAGUGGGAAAACUAAACAGUAGAGCCUAUUCUGCACAUUUUAUUUUCUUCAAAUUAGAGAGACACCGUGCUAGUGCUGGAUCAUAGAGCGUUAACAGGCUAGAGUUUGAGAUAUAUUGAGCUGGUUGCAUAAACUAAAUUGGCUCCAGGGCACUAUGCACAUGAGUACUAGACAUGCAAGUUAUAGGUAAAUAUAAACACUAAUGUGUGUCAGAGUAGGUAAUAAUGCAUGAGGAGGUACAUGGAAAGAGGUGCUUAGUAAGAGUGAGCUAUACAAAGCUGGUGAGGAAACACAGCAGAAAAGUUAUAGUCAUUUAAAAAAGGCUUGUAUAAUGUAAGAGAGGUAAUAGUAAACGUAAAUGGCCUUGUGUAGGUAAUUGAGAGUUUCAAAGCCAAAUGUAUAAUAGCACAUAGGAUACAUGUCAGCAAGGUGCAGCCCGGGUUUUAGCCGAUACCCAUUCUGGAGAUCAAAAGCACAAUCCUGACCUGAAGGCCACAGGAGUGCCGCAGUUGGAGAUCAUUGUGUUGUGGGUCGGCAGGCAGAAGCCAGCGGCCUUGUCUCUGGCUUGCAUAUUGUUUGAUGUCUUUACAUUUGCAUUUACUAGGGGGUGCAGUCUGUGAAUGUCAGUCAUGAUUCUGCUCACGCACAGAUGGAUGUAAAGCUUCGUUCUCUCAUCUGUAUUGGGCUCAAGUAAGUAUACGCCAUGAUAAUAUCACUGUUACAUGCUCUUUACUUUGUGCAGUGCAGCCUUGUAGAGUAGCCUCAGAUACAGAUCUUAAUUUUUCUUAAGCUUAAUUUUGCUGUAGGUUCUUCAACUGUUACCAGAGAUUCCUGGUAUCUGAUGAACCUUACAUUGAAAGUCUAAUUGAUGUUAUCACGAAAGGGAAUGUUAACUGAGUCAUUAACAAUAUGUUUGAAUUUUGCCUUAAGCUAAUUGUGUAUCUAAUUGUUACAGUGAACUUCUGUAUUAUUGUCAGACACAGGACCUUACCCAUAAUGUUUCAAAAGUACAGAAAGAGCUGUAGCUCAGGUUACAAUAGACAGUCACACUUCUGCCUUAUGAUUUGACAAAUUAAAGCUAAAUAAUACAGAAAUGUAUGAUGUAUAAUCAUCUCUAAUUAAGGCUAUCUAACAGUCAUGAUGUUUCCAAAGGACAUAUUGUUUUCUCUAAAUAAAGGCAUCUUUCUUUUUUAAUGUCUUUUUCCUGUGUAACAAUACUCAUAUUGUGUUGUCUAUUGGAAACUUCUGGGGGGGUUUUCUCCCUCUUACCAUAGCGCACAUUUACAAAAUUAACGUGCUCGCAUCACAAUACGCUGACGUGCAAACAUAACAUUCCAAUAACCACUUGGUUCUAGGAUCCAGUUGUUGUGUAACCUCAUUUAAGGAAAUUAUUGUUCAUUAUUAAUUACAUGAAAGCAUUGGAUUCAAUAUUUUUACUAAACAUGUUUACAACGAUGGUAGUUUUUCAAUGGGAUAAAUUUGGGGACAAAAUUCUAAAAAUUUGUCAUCAUAGAAACCAGUGUACAAUUCCUGCUGACUGUUCCAUAUUUAGAACUUUGCUCCAGAACUGCUCCUUAUAAAUAACUCUGUGUAGUGAUAUAUUAUUCAGAGUCUGUCUGGUAUGUUAGCCUAAAGGGAAUGACUGCUAACAUUUCAUCAUGUUAAUAACACAAUGAGCUGUACCUGCUUGAUCAAGUACACUUCACCUGUUUGCAACUGUAUUCUUUAUGGCUUAUUCUUUCCCUUAUUAAUCUGAUGUAAUUCUAGCAGUCGUCUGCCUUAGGCUAACAUGCCUGUUGUAAAUACGUUGGCUUUACCCCCAUUCUCAUGUUUGUGUCAAGUACACAAAAAUAACAUAAUUGACAGAAGUAAAACAAUUCUUACUUUAAUGUCUUUACUAUAAUCAACUAUUUUUAAGAGCAACUGGAAAUCGGCAUUUUCAUUUGUCACCUUCACAGACACACAAAUACUCACUGUCACUCUCUAUCCACAUGCUGUUCAUCAUCUACCUGAACUGAAAUAAGCAUAUGGGGUGCCCAUUAAAGGAGAUCUGUUAUGCCUUAAACCACUUAUCCUCUUUGGAAAGAGCAUGACAUUUCAUCCUUACAUUGUGUUGGCAAAUUUGCUAGCAAAUUUAUAAAUUGGGAGUAAAAAUGUAAAAGAUGUAAAAAUAGUUCAAUCUCGGGGGGCGUGGCUGACAGAGUUCCAACACAGACAUCUUUUCCCUGAGCUCCAAACCGGGCCUAGGGGAAACCUGAGACGUAGAGCCACAUAGAGAUUAAAUUUUGCACCAAAAAAGCACCCCAUACAAGCAAUGGGGCAAAAAAACAAGAAAAACUGUCAUUCAGAGGCUCCCUGUUAAUCAGAUAUUCGGCUCUCGUUUGAGAGACCGCGGCAGUCUAAAAUGGUGCCUGAACCAGGAGAUGUGCCUGAGCCGUCAGAGACCUCAUUGGAGAAGGAAGAUCCUCUCACCUCUCCCCGCUCUGGGGCUACGACCCCCACCUCUGAUGUGAAGAAAUAGGCAGCGGCGCCAAGUGGCGCACCCAUGGAUAUAAUCGCGGUGACUAGAGAUAUCGCAGCGAGAUCAGUGAUUAUGACCCGUUCGAGGGAGAUGGGGAUGAUACAAUAUAAGGGGCACACUGUCUCUAUAUGCAGACAUCCCGUUCUCAGUCCUGGUAGAGAAGAGGAAGCUGGUUCCAAUUGCUAGUCGAUUAAGAGAACACUCCAUGAAAUACUGCUGGGGAAUAGAGGGGUCCCUCUUGGUAGAGAAUGGAGGAGAGACCAUUAUGCUGAUGUCAGCGGAAGAUCCAGAGCCGCUCCUGCAGGCACUGGGAUUGUCCCAACAACCCACGAGGAACUUCUCCAGAGGCAAAAAACUGUCAGGGACCGUGAAACUAGGAACAACUACGCAACCGCCAAAGCUUUGGGAACACUGACCAGUCCAUACCAUAUCAGAUGCCUCACUUGACGCGAGUAGGUUCCGUGGGUGCCGUGGUCUGGAGACCUAACAACCUCCUGUUCACAGGCUGGGACUUACCUUGCAUCGAUAGCUUAACCACUGGGUUCCAAAUACCAAGUUUUCAAAGACUGCCAUACCUGUUGAUCCCAAGAGUCAGCCCAUUCCUGUCAUACCACAAAUAGUGAUGUUAUAGUCACCUAAUAUGUUGCUUACUAUAAGCUGUUAAUUUAUCAUAACGAAUUUAAAACAUUUGAAAACAAUGUUAUAAACUCAAUGAAAUAUAAAUUGAAAAAAUAAAACAAAAAAUAGUUCAUUCUCCCACUUCUCAGUCAAAUCUUUGGUAGACUAUGUUCUGACGAUUUUACUGGGAAGGGAGAGCAAAAUAAUACAAAAACACAGGUGAUUGCAUGUGCUGCUGUUGCUAUGGAAACUUAAGCCAACCCUGCUAUCAGUGGGCAUAAGAACGGAGUGACGUCAGACACAGACAUGUUGGCAACGAAGUCAGCAUUCCAGAAGAAGAGGAAGUUUGACAUGAUUGUGGAAGCAUUCCCAAGCAGGGCAAAUUGGGGGGGGGAGGGAGAAUCAAAGUGUACGACGGACUAGAGGUGGGUGUUACUUGACGAGUAAUACCCACCUUCAGGUAACACCCACGUGGCUGUGCUGGAAUGGAGGUCAGCGGAGUAUAUCUCAAUAUUUUACAUUGAAUACAUCAUGUAUGUUUUUGAUAUAUCAUGUAUUCAAUAUAUGUUGGAGGGAAGGGAAGUAAUUUUUUUUUUUUCAUGGUUCACUUUAAUUCAGAAGGGAGACUGCAAGUGGUCUCUAUUAUUCAACAAUCCUCUAGAGCAGGGCUGCCCAAAAGGUAGAUCCCCAGAUGUUUUAAAACUGCAGCUUCCAUGGUGCUUUGUCAUUCCAAGACAUGCAAAGCAUCACGAGGGUCUAAACAUCAUGUGGGCAUCUACCUUUAGGGCACCCCUGCUCUAGAGUCUAGAUGAACCCUUCACAAUAAUUGUGAGAUGCCCAUUCCCCUGAUUCCUUAGACUUGCCACUGCUGAUGCACUUCACAGCUUUAAACCAGAGUUCUAUUCAACUAUGAAUACAGGGAGUGCAGAAUUAUUAGGCAAGUUGUAUUUUUGAGGAUUAAUUUUAUUAUUGAACAACAACCAUGUUCUCAGUGAACCCAAAAAACUCAUUAAUAUCAAAGCUGAAUAUUUUUGGAAGUAGUUUUUAGUUUGUUUUUAGUUAUAGCUAUGUUAGGGGGAUAUCUGUGUGUGCAGGUGACUAUUACUGUGCAUAAUUAUUAGGCAACUUAACAAAAAACAAAUAUAUACCCAUUUCAAUUAUUUAUUAUUACCAGUGAAACCAAUAUAACAUCUCAACAUUCACAAAUAUACAUUUCUGACAUUCAAAAACAAAACAAAAACAAAUCAGUGACCAAUAUAGCCACCUUUCUUUGCAAGGACACUCAAAAGCCUGCCAUCCAUGGAUUCUGUCAGUGUUUUGAUCUGUUCACCAUCAACAUUGCGUGCAGCAGCAACCACAGCCUCCCAGACACUGUUCAGAGAGGUGUACUGUUUUCCCUCCUUGUAAAUCUCACAUUUGAUGAUGGACCACAGGUUCUCAAUGGGGUUCAGAUCAGGUGAACAAGGAGGCCAUGUCAUUAGAUUUUCUUCUUUUAUACCCUUUCUUGCCAGCCACGCUGUGGAGUACUUGGACGCGUGUGAUGGAGCAUUGUCCUGCAUGAAAAUCAUGUUUUUCUUGAAGGAUGCAGACUUCUUCCUGUACCACUGCUUGAAGAAGGUGUCUUCCAGGAACUGGCAGUAGGACUGGGAGUUGAGCUUGACUCCAUCCUCAACCCGAAAAGGCCCCACAAGCUCAUCUUUGAUGAUACCAGCCCAAACCAGUACUCCACCUCCACCUUGCUGGCGUCUGAGUCGGACUGGAGCUCUCUGCCCUUUACCAAUCCAGCCACGGGCCCAUCCAUCUGGCCCAUCAAGACUCACUCUCAUUUCAUCAGUCCAUAAAACCUUAGAAAAAUCAGUCUUGAGAUAUUUCUUGGCCCAGUCUUGACGUUUCAGCUUGUGUGUCUUGUUCAGUGGUGGUCGUCUUUCAGCCUUUCUUACCUUGGCCAUGUCUCUGAGUAUUGCACACCUUGUGCUUUUGGGCACUCCAGUGAUGUUGCAGCUCUGAAAUAUGGCCAAACUGGUGGCAAGUGGCAUCGUGGCAGCUGCACGCUUGACUUUUCUCAGUUCAUGGGCAGUUAUUUUGCGCCUUGGUUUUUCCACACGCUUCUUGCGACCCUGUUGACUAUUUUGAAUGAAACGCUUGAUUGUUCGAUGAUCACGCUUCAGAAGCUUUGCAAUUUUAAGAGUGCUGCAUCCCUCUGCAAGAUAUCUCACUAUUUUUGACUUUUCUGAGCCUGUCAAGUCCUUCUUUUGACCCAUUUUGCCAAAGGAAAGGAAGUUGCCUAAUAAUUAUGCACACCUGAUAUAGGGUGUUGAUGUCAUUAGACCACACCCCUUCUCAUUACAGAGAUGCACAUCACCUAAUAUGCUUAAUUGGUAGUAGGCUUUCGAGCCUAUACAGCUUGGAGUAAGACAACAUGCAUAAAGAGGAUGAUGUGGUCAAAAUACUCAUUUGCCUAAUAAUUCUGCACUCCCUGUAUGUGGUUGAUGCUGAUUUGUGACUAUGAUAUUCUCAUAUUUUUGCUCUGCACAUGUCUUGUCUUGCAGCGAGCAGGUAAUCCACUUGUGGCUUGAAGUGCUGUGUUCUAGCUUGCAGACCGUAGAGAAGUGGUACCAGCCGUGGUCAUUCCUCAGGAGCCCAGGUUGGGUUCAGAUAAAAUGUGAACUAAGGUACGUGUUAAGAAUACAAACUUGCAGGGUUACUCGCUAAUGUGAGAAUUGUUGGGAAAUCAAAAGGAAUUUCAAGGCCAAAAUAGCCAAACUGGAAGUAUUUUAGAGAAUUUUUCCAGGUUGGGUACUUUAGCCUUAAAUUUGAAAUUCACUUAGAAUUUCUGACAAUUCUCUGUUUAUUGAAUUACUGUGUUGGAAACAUCUGACCCCAUCCCAGUAAAAGUAGAAACUUGAGAAUUUUGACCAACUAGUGGCUUAUACAAACUGUAAGUUGGGCAUGGGCACUGGUUAGAUUAUUUGACAUGUACAGAGUUUAAAAAUACAUAAACGAGUGAUGUUUCUAACAAUACUUCAUGAUACAUGUGCAAUAAUGAAAUCCAUUCUAUAACAGUGUUAUAGCACUGCAUAAUUAUGGUUAUAGAAUGCCUCAAUACAAACAACGCAGAGUAUUCAGUUUAUUGCAUUUGUCAGCUAAAAUACAGAUAUGUAAACACAUUUUUGAUGCAUUUCCCGAAACCUGGCAAAAGAAAAAGUAAGAACUGCAAAUAUGGCAAUGAAUCACAAUGCGUAGCAUGCAAGCCCUUUUUCUGCAAUGUGGGGUGCUGUAUGCUUUCGUCUAGUAAAGAGCUUGUGUUGGUGUAACAGCAGCAUAUUAUAAACGUCUGUACCUUUUGCUGCCCUUUUUUAUACCUUACUGAAAGAUGCAGAUCUUGUCAAACACACCUCGAGUUUGACACACGCUUUGACAUUUAUGUCCUUCGCAUUAACGUUCGUCUUUUGCCAAAUGUCAUGUAUUACUCAUAUAAUCUUUUGAAAAACACAGUAUGUUCUGUCACAAUUCAUUUUGCCACAUUUGUCCUUCCAUUCUAUAUAGUUUAAUCAGCAGAUAUAGUAAAUGCAGCUAACAUUCACAAACCUAGAACAAUUAAAACGCUAAACAAUCUCUAAAAAAGGGGACAUGCAUCACUUUGAGGCAACUGUCUCAUUUAAAAACUUUAACUUCGAAUGAGACAGUUGCCUCACUCUGCAGCUUGAGUAAAUAAUUUUAUAAAUAUACACAUAGACUUCAAAUAUAUAAAUAUGUAUAUGCUGGUCUAAUGUGUCCCCUCUGAUGAGCCUGUUGGCGAAAGGCACGCGUCAGGGGCUCUAGGACACCCAUCAACACAGUAGACCAGCAAUUUGUAUCUGAUCGUAGACUUUGGUUGAUGGGAUUUUCCUUUUUCUUAGUUUCUUAAAUUUAGUUUAGCAACUGGGGGGGAGGGGGUUGACCUUUUUUCCUGUUCCCUCUAAUUUUAGAGGGAAAUUUAUCAUGAUUAUUUUUAGGUUUAUACGUAAUAAAAGUUGUUUUAUAUAUAGUUCCAAUACAUUCACCAUCCAAUAUCCUAUUUUCAACACACUCCCAUUUCCUUUUAUUUUGCUUACUUUUACAUUUAGGGUUACCCCCUUUUAGGAGUGUUUGUUAGUACCUCAUUCCUUGCCUUACAAAAUGUAAAAAAAUGUCAAAUCUAAAACCUUAUUAAAAGCGAUUUUAAACUAACUAAUGUCUUUAUGUUUCUACAGGGUUCUCUCAAAGUUUGCUUUCAGUUUAUCUCCAGACUGGGAAUUACCUGUUAAAAAAGAGGUAGGUUUAAAGAAAAAAACUGGGCGCCUUAUAGUUCUAUUGAAGAAUGUGAGCUAUUGCAGACUUUGUCUAAAAUUUAGGACAUUUUUUUUGUGACAUUUUAACUGUGCUAGGGGCUCUUAUAUUAUAUCUCAUAGACCUUUGCAAAUGUUUCUGUGGAUACAGUCAUGUGGUUUUAGCACUUUAUAUUAGUGGGUAAUAAAGGCUAUUGUCAUCUCUUUGCAGACAUUGAAGAGUAAAUGUGUGUAGCAGAAAGUACUGGAGUAGUGACACAAUCUCUGAUAUUAAUAUAUUUUGACAAUUGAUUAACAUGUCCAGGCUUGGUAGACUUUUACUUUUAACUUCUCAAUAAGUUAAAUUAAAUUUUAUGGGAUUUGACUUUUAUUUUCCUUGCUUACUCAGGAAAAAGAGAAAAAGCCAUUGAAGGAAGGGGUACAGGAUAUGUUGGUAAAACAUCACCUUUUCAGCUGGGACAUUGAUGGAUGAUGAAUGUAACUUUUGUUCUUCACAUGUUGCAGAACAGACUCCUGGAGCCUUAUGGCGCUCCUCUCCAAACUGCACUUUUCUAUCCUGUUCUACUGCCAAGAACUCCAAAAUAUCUCAUGUUCAUACUAGUACAUGCUUUGGGUUAACAGUCCAAUCUGAAUGUAAGAAGUUCUGAUGGGAGACAUUUGGACAAACAUGACCAUAUUGAGAUGGAAUGGAGCUCCAGGGAAGAAAGACAUUAAUUUUUUCCACCUGGAUUAAAACCUUGAAUGGUUUGUGUAGGCUGUCUUCAGCCACAAGUUCAUCUGUCCCAUUUUUUUUUUAUUUUUUUUUAUUAUUUGCAAAUGGAUUGGGUGUUCCAUAAUCCUGUUUUGUUGAAUCCACUACAGCUGUGUGUAUAUAUAAAUAUAUAUAUAUAAAUUAGUGUAUAUUUUGAGACCGAUGUGAAGAGUUUGCUUUUGUUAAGACCUCCUCCUACCUCCUCCGCCUGUUUUCUUUUACCAAUGAACCAACACCUUUCAGACUCUAUAAAUGCAUGGCCUCUUUAUUCUUUUAAUUACACAGGGACCGUGCUUCAUGAAAUGUGUUAAAUGUAUCUAUGACGAUCGGUGUGUGACUUGACACUAGAGAAUUGCCCGCGCCAUAUUGACCCAUUACUCUGUAUCUCUAAAUGAGAUGUACCGAUAAGGACCAGAAUGCUGUGAAUUAUCUUCUCUUUGAUUUGUAACUUCUAUAAAGGUGUCUUUGAAUGUCGGAUCAGUCAGUAUUUCUUAGCAUUUUUUUUUUUUUUUAAUCCUCCAGCACAGAAUGUAAGGAAGGGGAUACAAGAACAAUGCUAGGCUUUAUAUCAUGUUUAGUCUGACAUUCAAGGACAUAAUUUCAAAUGUCUGGGGUAAUCUGUAAGGCAAAUUUGACCGUAAAGCAAAAAUAAAAAAAUAUAAAUCAUUGGAAAAUAUUGCUUAAGGAUUUAAUGGGGUAAAAAUCCUGCGUUCUAUAUUCCUGUUAUUUACUGUUACCCACUAUGACUCAUUACCACCAGUUAUAUAUUUCUAACCAACCCAGAUGUUAACCCAUCAAAC